AUGCCUCCGCCCGUCGCGCCGAACUUCUCCCGGAAGGCCGUGAGGAGGAGGAGGAGGAGAGCCAGGCGGCGGCGGCGCCGGGAUCCCGCGCUCGGCGGCCUCUCUGGAUUGCGCCGUGGAGUCGCGCCUCUCCGCCGCCUUCCGCGCCGUCCCUCCAGCGCUGCGGGGUAAGUCUCCAAAGUUCCUGCGAACUCUCCUUCGCCGGGGCUGCGCGGGCUGGGUCCGGCGGGGGGCAAAGAGGGCACGGGGGGCACCUCAUGCGCGGGACAGAGGAAGCGACCUGGGCACCGUCGGGGCGGGCAGCGUGGGGUGCCUAGGGAUGGCGCACCUGUCUGCCUUGGAGUCCCAGGGAUGGUGCCCCCAGCAAGGGGGGGGGGGCGGGCAGCUGGCAGGGCUCUUGCGCAGCAGCACCUGCGUGGUCCGAGUGCUCCCGGAGAGGCUGGGGAUCCGGCCGUGGUAGGGAUCGGUCCGCAGUUGGCUGCGGGGGAUGGGGGACAUGCCGGCGGAUCGAGUCCACGGUUAAUUGCCGCUCCCGUUUAGCUGGCACCCAUCCCCAGCCAGGUCUGUGUCUGCAGGGCAUGUUUUCCAUUGGAGGUGGGGGUGGAAGCAGGCAGGGAAUCUGUGUUGGGGGGGUUAUCCACCCCAGCCCCAUUCUAAGAUUGAUUCCUAUUUGCCAUAGGGAAGAAAGGAGGGUGCAAGCACUUAGUUUCGCAUGGAGCUCAGAGCCAUAUGUGAAGGCUCAGUCGUGGCACCUGUAAUCAUGAGCGCUUGUGAGCAUGAGCAGCGUGCAUGUCCAUUACCAGGCCAGGUAGCUGCAGCCUCCAUCUUCCCCCCCUGGGAUGAUGGGUUAGGACCUGUCAGGACCUGAGGGUGGGGCAUGCUUCCAGGUGAAUCUUGAGCCCUAGCAUCUUCGGUUGUGGUGAGGGUUUUGGCCAUUUUUAUAGCUCCCAAACAAAUUGUAAUGGAAGUUUGGCCAAAUGAAAUUAACUUUUUUCCCCCUCCCAGAAGGGGCAGUGGCAGAAAGGUUGGUUGUUAGCCCUUGAACAUGUGGCAACAUGCAAUUCAUGAGUUCCACAUUCUGAGUUUCAGGGCUGCUAAUUCCAUCUCCUUCCCCUAAGAUACCAUGUAAAUCAGCCCUUCCCAAUUCAGUUCAGAAGACAGAAUCUUCCUUCCCCAUCAGCUCACCCACCCUGCAGUGCUCUUUGCUGACAAAAUAGGAUCCACCAAAAUAUCUGCUUUCAGUUAGAAUAAGAAAUCUCCCCUUCUUGUCUGCUAAGGAAGUAAAACCACUUGGAUUCUACAGAUUUAACCAUCUUUUGUAUCCCUCCUCCACCAUGCCAAAAGAUCAGACGCCCUGUUCUGAGGAAAUCCUGGGUCUAAUCUCAGUAGAUACCCCUCUGUCCUGAGAACAGCCACCUCCUGAAAGCCACAGUUGUGGAGACCAUCGAUAACAAUUCAUUCUGCAGGCUAGCAGUGAGCAUAGUUGAUAAGCAAGUUGGAUGAAAUGUAUAUAUUUUAUUGCCCAUACUAAAUUUACACCCAACAUUGCACAUUAGCCCUCUCUGGUUGUCGGCAGAGAAUAAGAGAGCAAUAAAGUCGCCACGCUUGAUGUUAAAAUUCUGAACAUGGGAGGGUUUUUUCUUGUUUUAAAUCAGUUGUUUUGUGUCUGUUUAAAAAGAAGCUCAAGUUGUUGGCAUGGCAAUGUGAAUGCAAGCUUUGUGGGUUACAGGGAAAUAUCCGUUUUAAAGUGGAUAUUCAUAUGGUGUUUGGCAGGGCUUGCCGCUGGACUCCAUGUAAGUUCCUUUCUUAAUUGGUUUGCUCAGUACCAGAUCAGCAGCUCUUAUUUCAUGUAAUGUAAGGAUCAUUUCACACAUUAUGUAGACUAGGCAUACCUGGGCUUGCCACCAAGUACAGACUUAAUAAGAAGACAAGGCUAAUAACCGUUCCCUGAUGAGUACACCUGGAUGAUAUAAAUACUUGACAGCACACUAAGAACAUCUUAGGUGUAUAUCUAAAAAUGUGUGAAGUGGUCACAUUUUGUUAAACCCAGAGCCCUGGUGUUCGCUUAAUAGGGAGGUGGCUUGCAUCCUUCUACUUUCGGAGGGGAUAAAUGUAAAAUGAGAGUAAAGUACACAUAAUAACAUGGGUUUAGUUGGCUCCAGUGGGCAUUUUCAAUUAAUUCAUUAGGCUAUUGUUAAGCAUAAGUGCUUGCCGUGGUGUGGAGUGGUUGUUUUGCUUCCCUUCAGACCAGGCAUUCUGUUAAGUAUGAGCUUAAUGGAACGAGGAGAGGUGGGUGGCUGUAAAGCUCUCCUGUGCUGUUGCAGGUGGAGGGAGGGCAAAGAGUUCAAAUACCCUGGUAGCCAGGAUCUCCCAAAGCAAGGGCUCUGACGCCCCGUAGCUGAGAAGUGGGAGGAGAGAAGAUGGCAGAUGAUGUCAGGGAGGAAUUUUGGCUGCCUGCUUCUUUCCCUAGCCGAAAGUAUGUGAGAGGGGCAGACAGUGCAGUAAGUCUUGUUCUUGUUUUGUCCCCCCCCCCCCCGAGCUUUUGAACAUUCAUGAGCUAUAAGGCAGAUAUUCAACAGGUGAUGUUUUUCAGCAUGGAGAUGCAGGUGGAGGUGUUGAACUUCGGUCUAUUGUGUAUCUAGAGUUAAAGGCAAAGAGCGGGGUGGGGAAAACAAUAUGCGAUGGAAACCAGAUAUUAAACCAGUUCUGCGUGUUAUCAGGUUAGGGGUGUUUAAUGCCAGGGUUCAUAUAGGCACAAACUUUCAGCAAGGAUUUUGGUUUACCUUUUUGGUGAAAUAAAUGGUAUCCCUUGUUUAUAGGUAUUGCAGGUGUUGGCGAAUCCCUCUAAAUAACUGAAGCAAUGAGAGAAAUGGGUACACACCCCAAUUCUGCCACGACCAAAUCAGUUGUUUAAUUCUUCCCUGUUCCUUAAUAGCAAGGGUGUGUGUGUGUGUUGGUUUGUGUGUUUUUUGUUUUUUUCUAGUUUAUAUUAUGCAUUUUGUGUAUUUAUCUUGUAUUUGUAUGCUGUAAACCUCCCUGAGAUCUACGGGUGAAGGACAGUAUACAAAUUUAAUAAAUAAAAUAAAAUAAAAAAUAACUGGCCACUUUGCAGUUGAGGGUGGAUGACCUACGGCUUGCAACAGUGCAGCAUAUGUGAUUAUUCAUCACACACACUUUGUGUGUGCGGUAGAGUAAAGCUGACCACUCUCUCAUGGUUUUCUCUGCUUCCAUGAUGGCUUUGGAGACGGUGUAACAUUUACAGACAGUAAUAAAGCCUGCCAGUUUGACAGAGAAUUCCUUAUACAUUGUUGAAUCUGGUCUUGUGCCCCAAAAGCAUUGAUUUAUCUGAGGGUAGGUGCCCUCUUUCCCCAAACUGCACAGGCCUGAGGUCUUUGUAAUGUUGUGUGAUGCACCCCUUCUUUUUCAAUUACCCAUCCUCAAACACAGAUAUUCCCCCUCUGGCUCUUUCUCUUGUACAGUUUCUGACUGCUGUUCCUCAUAUUCUGGCUUGAAAACUGCUGGCUGAUCCAGCACCUGGGACAAAUGUCUCAUCUGCCAAAUAGAUGAACCGGGGCCUGGUGUUACCAUCAGUUGGACUUGUUUGGUUCCAAGGGCCACAUUUGACCUCGUUGCAACAAGGAAAGCUAAUUCUCAGGACUGUUGCAAGAGCAUGCAAACUGCACAGACCUCUAUCACAGCAUUAGAAGCAAGAGGAGGAGCACCCCCAUACCUUGAUAACCUUGUAGAACGGAGAGCCCUGGGUGGAAAGGCUCCUCUCAUCCUUGCAUGACAUUCAGCACCUGCCAAAAUUCCUAUUUCCCCAUAGUUAUUCAUUCCCAUGCAAAUUCUCGUUCUCAAGUUAAGCCGCCUGCUGCAUCUCUGAUUGGUUCACUGGUCCUUUACAAUGACAGCCUCUGUUGGGGCGUUGGCUAUUCUGACACAGUCUUGCAUUGGCCCUGAUUGGACGAUUCAGGCACCCCAGAUGUGUAAAUGCAACAGAUGCCUACAAAGAAAGGCUGCUUGCUGUAUCUCCAAUAGGGAGAGAUGCAUAUAUUUAAUGGGGGCUCUUGCAAAAACAGUGGUGCACUGAAGGAUGGACCUUCUUACACACUCCAGAAAUAUUUUCCCCAAGAUAUAAGCGUAUAGCAUGCAUUCAGUUUGAAUUGAGAAAUAAAUAGUUUUCAGCUAUCUGUACUCUAUGAAAAAGUGCACCAAUUGUUCCCUGGCAGUUUAUGGCUUAGGUCUACUGAAUUACUACACCAAAGUGUGCUUACUCUUCUCUAGGUACAGGGACCAGAUGGAUGCCAUUUUUGGAUUUCAAGAGGUGGGGAGCCACAUUCAGCAAGAUCCAAAGGCUUUGUUUUGGAUACAUUCAAAGAUGAACUGCUUAGUCAGUAUAUAGGACCAUUUAUUCAUUAUAGCAAUUGUGACUUAACGGGUAGAUGAGAGAUAUAGGUGAUUGUGGUCUGAAGCAUCAGGGUGGGGUAGGGUCUGCCCACACCUUCAGUGGUACCUCUGGCAAAAUGUAGUGUGUGCACAUGUCUCUUUUUGUAAGCAUCAGUCUCUUGUCAGUCUUAAAUAGUCUGGGCUUCUCAGCUGUGAAAGGUGCAAUCUGGAUAAUAAUAGUACAAGGGUGUCUAAAAGUCAUAAUCAGGUUGACAAUGACAGCCCAAAAUGUCAAUAAUAAUAAUAUGCUGCUGCUAGAUUGUUACACACACACACAUUGUAUUACAGAUUUGGAGCUCAAGCCACGUGGAAAUUCUACUGCACAGUUCUCAUCGAACAGAAUGGGAGCAAUGCAAGGUAAUUCUCACUCAGGACAAUGGAGCUUGUGCAGGAGAACUCCUUCGUGGAUUGUGCUUCCAUCGCAUGAACACCGGAAAAAUGGACAGUGUUAAAGAGGAGCUUAAAUGUGCAGAUCAUUAAAAUACUGGCCUACAGACCUGGCUGUUCAUAUUGCACUCCCUUCCACCUCCCAGUCAAAUUACGCAUCAAGAGAACUCAGGUUCUGCAAUUAAUAGAAAUAUUAAUCAGUCAGAUGUACAGUAAGUGCAUCUGCCAAUUUUACAUGGGAUCGUUUUAUUUAUGCUUUGUUUUGAAUCCCCUAUCUUUGACACCUUCCAGCAAAGAGCACAAAGGGGUAGAAAUCUAUGUAGAAUCUGGAUAGUCAAGCGUUCUACAGUUGGAAUGUAAUUAUGAACUUAAGUAACCCCUUCACCUUGAACCCUGGAGCUUUUUAAGGCUCUCCUAUGGGUGCCUUGGGCCUGUGGGCCACAGGUGAUCUUCCAGGCCAACUCUUGGGAGUCCCUCCAGGCCAUGCCCACCCCCCCGCCCCACCCAGCUAUGAUCCUCACCAAUUUGGUUCUGCCACCCUCCCCAAGUGCUUUUGCUUGGCUAAAUUUGUGUCUUUGAACUGUGAUGACAACAUGCCUCAUUUGCCAGGAUGGAGUUACCUGUUCAUAGGGUCUCAUGGCAACAUAUGAAGCUGCCUUGAACAAUCAGUCCUUUUAGCUCAGUAUUGUCUAUUGUGUCUGGCCCAGUAUACCUGAAGGAGCAUCUCCACCCCCAUCGUUCUGCCUGGACAUUGAGAUCCAGCACUGAGGGUCUUCUGGCAGUUCCCUCACGGCAAGAAGCGAAUUUAGAGGGAACCAGGCAGAGGGCCUUCUUGGUAGUGGCGCCCAUCCUGUGGAACGCCCUCCCAUCAGAUGUCAAAGAAAUAAACAACUACCAGACUUUAGAAGACAUCUGAAGGCAGACCUGUUUAGGGAAGCUUUUAAUACUGGAUGAAUCUUUGCAUUUUAAUAUUGUGUUGGAAGCCACCCAGAGUGGCUGGGGAAACCUAGUCAGAUAGGCGGGGUAUAAAUAAUAUAUAAUAUCUCCAGGCAGAUGCUCCGCCACUGAACUAAGACCCUUCCUCAAAAGGACCUCUACAGAAACACCUGGUUUUCGUACAGCUGGAAUGUUAUAUUUCUUGCUGUGUCCACAGUUUGGCCUGGCCCAACACUGGUCUAUGCCCCUCCAGGACGUUAUCCAUGAGGGAAUGUCACCCUCAGGCUAAAAAAAGGUUUUCUGGCCUUGUUGUAAACUUAAAAAAAUAAAUGCAAGUGUGAGGAUAAGUAAUUGGAUUUUCUGCUAAUCAACAUUCAAUCUUUGGAGAAUUCAUAUUGUGGGUCAUUCACUAGAUAGUGAACAAAGCUUGUGAGAUAACGCAGGUGGCAAACAACUCUGUUUAUUGCAUUAGUUUAUUCAGCUGGGACAGGAGAAAUCAUAUAAAAGUUUAGCUUUGAGGCAGACAAAACAGAGACUCCCUACAAACUGUAGUUGUUCUGUAAUAUAGGAUGCCAACAAUGGGAUCAUGUGCUCCCUGCCUCCCCCUCUAGAGUAAAUCCCCUCUAUUCUCCACCUGUUUGCACUGCCUGUUUUUUCUCAUCCUAUGUGCACCAUGGACAUGCUUUUAAAUAGCCCCUAGUCUCUGGUGCUCAUCUUUGGAAAACCACACUUGGCCCCAAUUUUCUCCCUUUUAGGGAGUGCCUUCUUAACGUUUUGUUAGGGUAAGUUGCUAGCGUUGUGUUGUUCUCCACGGUUCUGCUGUGGGGUCUCUAUAUCUGCAAGUGGGUUGGGGGUCACUGAGUUGACUAGAAAUAGUGGUGCUCUUCAAGAAUCACAUGGGGUCUCAAGACAGAAAGAAGAACAAAAGUGAUCUCCUUUGCUUUCUCCAAAAGGAACCCCUUCCCAGAUGAGAGGGAGCAAGAAGGAUGUGGCGGGAAACUCUGGUUCAAAUGUUUGCUUGCACCAUCUCUCUUACAGGAUUGUGCAUAGAUAAAAUAGCAGGCAGGGAAACCACUCGUUUCUUUAUUCAUUCCAUUUAUACCCUCCCUUUUCUCCAAUGAGAUCAAGGCAGUGGACAUUGCGCCACUUUCCUCACAACAACCCUGUGAGGUUGGGUAGCUGGAGGGACCAUGAUCAUCCAGUGAGCUUCAUGGCUUAGUGGGGAUGUGAACCUGGGUCAGUCACACUUGACUCUCCCACCUGAAAUCCUUAGAAGAAGGGAGCUUAGGAAUACUUACCAUGAAUGCUUAGGGUGUUGAUGUAACUGCAUGUGCUCAGGUGCUGGCAUUAGAAGUGCAUGCUACUCUGUUGGCAGGGAAGAGGCAAGGCCCAGCAGCCUUAACAUUAUUCCCUCGCGCUCAGGCUGCUGGUAUUUAAAUGAACUGGCAUUUUUCUUUCGGAAGAGGCAGCUCGGAAUGGCUCCAUCGCCUUCAAAACAAGAUGUUUACGGAGCAUUGCCAGAGGGCAAAAUAAAUGAGUUUCCUGCGUCAUCCAACUCCUUCCUAUCCUCUCUCAGGAGGGACCAGUAAUUCGCUGUGGAGCUUUCCAUCCCCUUGGGGGAGGUGUCAGGAGGCCCGCUGCUCCCAGGCACGCAAACAAGAGCCACGGCAAGGCCAGGGGAGUUCAGGGUUCCCUGGGCUUUCUAGGAUGAGACGCUGCUCCUCAGUUCAUCCUUGGCAUGAUGAGUGCAUGCGUAUAACCUCUCUCUCUCUCUCUCUCUCUCUCUCUCUCUCUCUCUCCACACCCCACCACUUUCCCUCUCUUUUGGAAAGACAGCAUAUCUGUGUGGCCCACUGUAUCCCUAAAGCUGUGUUUACAUUACUGCUUGCUCAGGCUGCAGCACACUCCCAUUGCUGAUGUGUGAAACUGCACACGCAGACAUUAUCCAUCAGCAUCCUGUAGCUUCUUGAGAAAUACUCCUGUUUGAUGUGCUCAACCACCUUCCACCAGUUAGAAAAUGGAAGCCACAGCUAAGGGCUGGUCCACACUUCUGCUUGUCUCUUGCUUAGAAAGUAUGGGUCUGAGCAAGUUUUUCACUUGACCCACUCCUUCGCGAUAGAUUGGAACAAACUUAUUUUCUUUUUUCAAUUUACACCUUUUUUGGAUUAUAUUUUACAUGCAUUCAUCAUUUUGCCAUAAUCUUAUAUGGACUUCCCAACCUAUCCUUCACUGACAUCCCCUUUCACCUUCCUUAUUUUGCUACAUCUCUUUUCCUUUACCCUCCUUCUUCAUCCCUUCCCAUCACUUACCUCGUCCUGUCUACUGCUGGUCAUAGGCUCAUCCUACUUGCCAGUUCACCUUCAUGCUGUCUUCCUUUAAAUAUUCUUCAAGGCAUUCCCACUUGCUUCUAGAUUGGAACACACUUCAGUCCGGGGGAAACUUGGAUGGCCAUUUGCUCUGAUUGAGUGCUAAGGAGCGGUUUUCCAUGGGGGGAAGCAGUGGGACAAGAGGAAGCAUGGAAAGCCAUUAGUUGAGUGUUGUACAUUUUAGGCAGCCAUUGCGCAUUGGCAGAGUGCAGCUUCAGCGAACUGAAUUUUUAUUCAGGGAAAUGAGAGGUAAUGGGCAUCAGGGAAAGACAUCUCUGCCCCCUCCUUCUUGUCUGUUGAGCAACAUAAGUUUGCAGUGGUGUAGGGAACGACCUUCCCAGCUUUUCAAGCUACACAUGUGUAUCACAUCUUCAGUCUCAAGAGCGGGGGGCAGAACUUCUCUGUCAUGUGCAGCCCAGUGUUAUGCAUGUUUUCCCCAAAGUAAGUUCCGCUGGUUUGGUUUGCACAUUAAGGUCAACGAGGGUGGACUUUGGCAAUCUCUCUUAAUAUGGCACCCUAUGUGAGGCCAAAAAUGCAUAUUUCAAUUUUUUACCCCCUUAGCUCAGCAUCCUGUGGGGGGAACCUCACGCACCACCACCCUAGAUCCAGCGCUGAUGGUGGGGCUCACUGGGGCGCUGGGUAAACGUGCUGACUUCCAGAAAGAAGACUGGAGCUGUUUUGCUGCUUCCCAGUUUAGCUCAGCAGUGUGUGUUAUCCAAAGAUGGAAGCUACAGAUUGUGUUUAACGAUGACAGAGUUUAACUGCAAUCUUGAGGUUCAGAUGACACACAAAGCCAAACCUUGGCUUAGCUAGAAGAAUCUUCAGUCUCCUCCCUGACGAAUAUACACGUUCACACUAAACCACAGUUUGACUUGAUGAAUGCAGCCACUGAGCUCUGUGGAACUUAUCCUCACAAAAGUGUUCAUAGCCUCCCAUCAAUCCUGCAAUGUCAAUUCCUGCAGUGCUGUUCCUGUUGGCUCGAGAAAAGGUGGCCAGGUGUGAAAAAGGACAGGCUCUGUCUUGAUACUUGCAUAGAAGACAUAAUUUCAGCAGGUAUAGCUUACACGGCAAAAUGCACUUUCUGGAAUUCCCUUUUACACAAGUAUUAGGGUGCAGCAACAGCCUGUCCUCUUUUGGACCUUGCAACCCUACUUUGCUUCUUAAGUCUUUGGGGGAGCUUGCUGGGAAAGCUCUUUGGGUGACUUUCAGGGGUCCUCCAGGGCUUGAGGCAGAAGUCUUUUCCAGUGCUACCUGGAGAUGCCUGGGACUGAACACCUUGCAAUAAAAUUCAACAAUGGAAUGAAGAGCGUAGAUUUGCAUCAUCUUGAUGGUUAUAUUUAUAUAGUGCCCAUCAAUCUGCAUGACACAUUACAGAGCUUCGUAAGCAAUAAAGAAAUGGACCGGUCCCUGCCUCCGCAGAACCUGCAAUCUAAAAUGAACGCUGAGGGAGGGAGGGAGGGAGGGAGGGAGGGGGUAGGGGAGGCAAGAAGAUGAAAGGAUGAUUGUGAGCAAAUGCAGUUACAGGGAUUUAAGCUUAAUUACAGUUGGAGAGGAAGGUUAAGGAAUUAAACCAAAGGCCUAGGGAUAAAGAUGGGGUUUGGAGGGGGGAGGGGCACCUCAUCAUGUCCAGAGAAUGAGUUCUUUGCAGAGGAGGCAACAGUGGGGAACAGGCAGAGUUCUACUACAAAGGGACAACAGUUGGUUAGCCAAGGAUAUCAGAGCAGAGAUGCGCAGAAUUACAAAGGGAGGCAAGGACUAAGACAGGGUGGAACUUGGUCUCCCGUUCCGUCUUCCAAGCAAAAUAUGGGGGACAGGUAAACCCCACCUCAAAUAAUUGAUCACAAGACGUGGCACAUGCACACCAUUUGAAUGGCAAUGCCCAUCAACUUGGGGAGGGGGCACCCCACAAAUAUUUUAUUGGGGGGACUGAAGGGACCUUGGUGUCAUGGACUUGGCUCCUAUUCUGCCAAGGUAGCCAGGGUGACAUGGACGAGCUGAAACCGUUUGACUGUUGCAGCAGCCGUGUCAGGCAGGUUAGGCUGAGAGAAAGGGGCUUGCCCAAGUCCAUGCAGUGAGCUUUGUGGCAGCAUCAGGAUUUGAACUCAGGCCCUUCCUGUUCCAGCUCUCUAUCACUAUUACACUUCUGUAGCUUUUUCAGUUAAUUCCAGUUGCAGAAUUUUGGGGAUUUACGUUCCAUUUUAACAAAUAGAAUAACCAAACUUUCCAAACCCAUUGGAUUCUGGAGUUUCUGCUGCUUCUUCUGCUGUAGCCAAUGUGUAGCCCUGGUCUUGCCUUUAAUAAUACCUAAGUGCUGCUCUGAUGAAUAUAUUCUACCACAUUACAGGGCGAACUGCAUUGCUCAAAGCCGCGAGCUGUGCACUGUAAUCCCAACAAGUCUUGUGAGCUUAGUUGGGUCUCAGGAACAAUCCUUGGGAAAGCUGGAGCAAGGCGCAUGAUGCCAUGCCUUUUGUCGACCAGCAGGGGCCAGCCUUCCCUCUCAGUCUGUGCGCUCUUGCUGUGUCUAAGCAUGUUUUUCUGUUAGGAGUUUGCUCAGAAAUGGUUUCUUCUGGAAGAAGCAGAAACCUGAAGUGGGUGGGUAGGUUGCUGAAGCCAAUCUUUAGCCUUAGGCAAACAGCAGACUUCUUCCAGUCCUUUACUGUCUCCCAUUCUAUGCAUCCUUUCUCAAAAUGAGGCUUCUUAAAAUUGGACAUGGCAAUUUUACAAGAACUUGAGACAGUGAUAUCAUCCCCAUAACCAUUCAUAGCAUUUGUGUAGCUCUUUAUGAUAUACAAAGUGCUUCAUACACCUUGCACAACUUACAUAACCUACUUGCAAUGGAGGUGGGUUUUCUCAAUCCCAAAUGGCUCUGGGGCAAACUGAGUGGCUUGCUUAAGGCCGUUGAAUAAGUUCAUUGCAGAAAUCCAUUUCAAACUGAGGCUGCCUUAAAUCAUAGUUUCUUAGCUGCUAUACUGUACCAGGUUUCAUUUUCUGGACUUGCUGUUGGGUCCUGUUUCUAGUGCUGAGACUCCCCUCCAAGUAGACUCCAUUUUACACCACUCAGUUGCAUGGAGUCCCUCGACCCUCCAUGACUCUUUGCUAGCUGACUGCAAAAUAAAAUAAUUUGAAGGUUAACUUACUCGACUGCAGAAAUGCAGAUCUAGAGCUUGGCUGGCUGAAUUCAUAUUGUUUGGCCUUUUCUUGUCUGCCCAACACCCGUACCCCCCCAAUCUUGCAAAGGCACAGGUAGGGUGUGACCCUCAAACACUUCAGCACCCACUAACCAUUUAUGAAACAAGCUCUCCUUACAACUGAAAAAGCCCAAGGAGAUGGCCUCAUCUUCUUCCAUUGUGCAUCCACAAUGUUUUACUAUCAGCCUUUGCAUAGGUUGUGCUGUGUCUGAUAAGUGGUUUGGUGCAAAGAGUGUUCGCACUGUUUUAGUGACAACCCUACUUCUACCUCCUGAAUUAACCCAUGAAGAACCAAAUGGCUUGGUAGUGCAACAAGGGUGGGGUCACAUGGCUCAGGUGCACUUGGAUGCAACCUGGAUAUGAGCACAAACUGGGCGCCACAGACAGUGUCAUGGGUCAAGAGUUCUGUUUAAAUAAUGCGAGCUCACGUAACGUGCUUUCGCUCGGACACUCGAGGACGGCAGCAUGCCAGGAAGACCCAGCCUUGUUGUGGCCUUCUCACUGACCUGCACAGUUAAGCACAUUCAACCACUGGAGGAAGAGAAAACCAGAGCUACAUGAUAUUUGAUAGCAGCAGCUGGCAGGAUUUUUCAAAUAACCAAUUACAUAUAUUCAAUAUGUGUGGCAGGAUCCUAAAUUGGAGGAAGUGGAUGUACUUCCAGAAGAUGGGACUUGAUUCUCAGAAGGAGCACGGAGGCCUCUAAGGAGAGCUACUCAAUUGGACUUCCAUUGACUUUUUCCUUUCAACCUAACAUACUGUCAGUACCUAAAAGAGACCUUGAGAGCCAGUGUGGUGUAGUGGUUAAGAGCGGUAGUCUCGUAAUCUGGGGAACCCGGUUCGCUUUCCCGCUCCUCCACAUGCAGCUGCUGGGUGACCUUGGGCCAGUCACACUUCUCUGAAGUCUCUCAGCCCCACUCACCUCACAGAGUGUUUGUUGUGGGGAAGGAAGGGAAAGGAGAAUGUCACCUAAGGGUGGAGGUAGAAUUCAGUAACAGCUAGUUUUGGUGUUUGCAGGGAUGGGGGUUACGCCUCUUCUCCUUUGCAGGAAGCCUUGGUGCAAGCUGAAUCCUGCAAAAGACCUGAAAGGGUCUAAUUUGAAUGACUCCUACCUCUGCCUAAGAAUCUUACCAGAUGAAGAGAAAGAUUGCUUUAACAAUAGCCUUUCCCUCCUCCUCUCCUCCUGGCCUUUUUUUUGUUUUUGUUUUUGUUUUAACCAUCUAACCUAUUUAGGAGUUAUGAGGAACUUGGGCAUUCCUCUAAUAAAUGUUUUGGAUUUUUUCUUAUGGGCCAGCAUGGCCACAUUUGCUUUUUGUAAUUGUUCUUGGGUGUUUUUUUUGAGACCUUUAAAAUAGGGGGUGCCCGAGGAGGAGGAGACACAGCGCUGCUGUUGGUGAAACAGCGGGGGGGGGGGGGGGAGGGAGCUGCUUGAAUGCUGAUGGAGGGAGGCUCAUCUAGCAAGGGAAAUGAGGAGGAUAAAUGCCCUCUGGAUGUAAUUUGCCCAGUUCGUGUUGGUGGCAAUGAAGAAAUAGGUAUAAAAGGAGCAGUUGUGGAUGCCAAGAUCCAAGUUUGGGGCAAGUACUGUUAGAUGAGAGAACCCCAGGAGAGAUUUAAAAUCACAAAACAUGCAGCAAAGUAAAGCGUGGAAACAUGGGCUGUUAAACCUUUAAAAUAUGCUGUGGUGACUUCCAAAUCUUCCUUCUUCCCUUAGCAUAGAAAAAGACCAUUUGUUUAGUAAGUUAAGAAUGGUUGACUUACAAACUCUUCGAAGGUUAGAUUCAUGGGCUUUUCCAUACAGCACUCAAAAAAAGUUGUGCAGGCAGUAAAACUUGGCAUAGUUACAGUUGUGAAAGUUCCUAAAUUAUUGGUAUAGGAACUCAAGAGUAACUUGUAAGAGCCAUGAGGUCUGAGCUUGGAGCAACUUCUCUGAUAGCUGGAGGGAACAGAGGUUUGAUUAUCUAAUCCCUCCAAUGUGAGCUAAGCUUGGCAGGACAGUUUACUCUACGGUUUUAACCCCUUCAUGCAUUAAUUAGACUUAAGCAUGUUGGUUAUAUGAGGCUGGUUAAUCCACAGUUCAUGCAUCCUGUCAACAAUUUCUUUCUCUCCAUCAACCCUCUUCAAAACUGCAGUCAAUUUUAAACAGCAGAACCUAAUACAGCGGACCCUCUGGAUACAAACUUCAUUUGUUCUGGAGGUCCGUCCGCACCCCAAAAAUAAUGUUAAUAGAGGCACGCUUCUGUGCAUGCGCACAGCACGAUUGAGCACUUCUGUGCAUGCAUGCACGGUGAAACCCGGAAGUAUACACUUCCGGGUUUGCCGUGGUCGUAACCCGAAGAUUCCGUAUCCAGAGGGAUACGUAAGUAGAGGUACGACUGUAGUAGUAUAAAAUGAACUUCUGUCAGGUGGUUGUAGCUGUGGCAACUUUCUCAUGAUGCCUUAUUUGCCUUACGUGGCAAACGUGGGGGGCCAAUCAGGUGGGUUCUUCUUUCUCACGUCAUUCCCAGACAGGCAGUUUGGCCCUGUCCUUGCAGUUGCCUUGUUGCCUGCGGACCUCUGCCGCAUGGGAUUGCUUUGUGCAAAAGUUGCUGAAUGGCCUCUGGGGGAGUUCUCCUACACAAGCCGCCUUCAUGAGGCAAGACAGGGAGGCCAUUAAAGGUGGUCAAGUGGGAGACAACUCUGAAUAGGGUGCAAUCCAUCUUAUCCUUGUACAGUAUUCCGGUGGGCUGUACCUCUCAAGUUAAGGUGUGUAGGGUCUGUGUGCAAUUUCGGUUUCUCCACGAGUCACCAAAAUGUCUUGGGUAAGGAAUCUUCAAGUUCUCCUCAACUUUUUUUCUUUAUCUUAAGGCUAGCUUUGGGGGCCAUUUCAGCACAGGGGAAGACUGCUGCUUCCCCCUCAUAAAUUUAAGUGGACAAGUCAGAACUCUUUUUGCUUCCUUUAAAAUUCCUUCCAAUUAUUAUCCUGGGUGCGACUCUCCCCCCCUUUUUUAAAUUAGGAGGCAGUUCUAAGCUGUAAUUUUCCAAAAGCUAGGUAUGAUCCUGCUUCCUUUCUGAAGGUGAUAGCACUGAUAUCCCUGGAGAUGUACAGUAUACCAUGGCACCGCCUGGAUUUCCAAUUAUUAAGGCAUUAGCUAAUUGUCAGGGCGAUUAGCAUUGAUUUUUGUCAUGCUACAUCCAUUUCCUGAAUCAGCUUCUGCAGUCAAUUAAGAAUACUUUAACCAGGGGCCAGACACCUUGUUGGACAUGCAAUGGACUGGAAACCCAGCUUGCAAAAAGAAGGGAAGCGCAGUGCGUGCCAUUAACUUUAUUGCAGCAAGGUGAAUUUAUACCGCCACAGGCACUGUGGAACAACUGCUCUUGUGCCCCUUGAGGCAAGAAAGGUCUGGCUUCUAGUGUCUCAUUUUCCAGCCUAUCUCUAGAAUUGCCAAGUUGCAACUCAGGAGUCACGCCUGUUCCAUUUAGCAGCACUGCUGCAAGAGAAGAUACGGUAGUUUGGCUAUUCUCUCCUGGCUUAGUUGCUCCACCCCAGACAAACCAUCACUGUACAGCUGGCGAGUGAAGCCCCAUUCACUUCUAUUGUGUUCCUUUCGAGGUGCUAUAGCUCUCCCGCCCUGUGGUCACUGUCCUAUCUGCAGAAGCAAAGUGGGACGGGAGGGUUUUCCUGAGGAUGAGGCACAGUUCCUGGGGCAGAAAGGGGAUCAGAGGGUUGUCCCUUACACAUCACAAAAAAGAAGGCACAGAUUUGCCCCAGGUUUGUAUAUGCCAAUUCACAAGCACAUAUGCAUAUUUAGAAACAACCACCAUAAAUUGAAUAGAAAUAGAAUACAUCUCUCCUCUAGUGGGAGAGGCUGGGUCCAGUUGACCUGAGUGCCUGCUCAGUCUGUUGUUCAAGUGCUAAGUACCAAUGGACAACUUCAAGGUCAUUCCCCCCCUUGCUGGUUCUGCCUCCUGAUGGUCCUUUAAAUUGGACUUGGGCCUGACAGCCUUUCAAAUGAAGGACUGUCCUCUGAUAAGUAGGGCACAGUGUCAUGGCUGCCCUAAUGUGACCGGCAGCAAUGGCAAACUCUUCCAUCGCACUGGAACUAGUUAAGGUAGGUGGCAGUUGGGCCUUCUGGUCCUGCUUCUUAUGCCUGCUAUGCUGCCAAAAGAAGAGUCCUACCUGUUCCAGACUGGGAUGUGGGUGGCACUGUGGUCUAAAUCACUGAGCCUAGGGCUUGCUGAUCAGAAGGUUGGCGGUUCGAAUCCCCGUGACAGGGUGAGCUCCCGUUGCUCUGCCUUUGCUCCUGCCAACCUAGCAGUUUGAAAGCAUGUCAAAGUGCAAGUAGAUAAAUAGGUACCACUCCAGUGGGAAGGUAAAUGACAUUUCCGUGUGCUGCUCUGGUUUCUCCAGAAGAGGCUUAGUCAUGCUGGCCACAUGACCUGGAAAAACUGUCUGUGGACAAACGGCUUCCUCGGCCAGUAAAGCGAGAUGAGCACCGCAACCCCAGAGUAGUUCAUGACUGGACUUAACUGUCCGGGGUCCUUUACCUUUUUACCUUUUCCAGCAGGUGGAAUGAAAUGCAGAAUGGGAGAAGCUGUUGCUGUACCACUUUUCACUGCCACCGAGCUGUUAAAAAGACAGAUGAGAUUUCCGGAUUGUUCUAUUGCAUUACUUACACGCAUUAGCGUCUUUUUAGUAUUGUCGCAACGUUGGUGGGUGGACCCAGUGAUGGAGGAACAGCCAGGUUCAGAUAGUGUGGCCAGUGCCACCUGGCCUCAGCUAGAGCUGCAGACAUGUAAUCAUGGGCAGAGGGGCAGCUGACCUGCUUGUUUGGUCUGGGCAGGGGCAAGAAGACUGGCACUCCCCUCCAUUGGAUAGCAGCAGCAUUCCACAUUUUCUUCUAGAUCCUUGUUUUCUCGUCCUUGUACUUUUGUGCUUUCCACCUCAUGGUCUUGAACACCCAAGAAUCUCAGAUGACUUUGCUUUUAGGAAUACAAGAUGCCACCUGCUUCUUCCAUUGCUCUCACCAGCAUUAGCUUGCACAAUAGUUUCCACAGGCACACCCACCCCUUUCUGGCAAGCUUGCACAAGAAUUUGUGUGUGGAGCUGUCAGCCGAUAUAUUCCUACCCCCAUCCCCAGGAAAUAAACUAGAUAUGAGGAAGGUUCAGGAUAAUGGUCCACACCCGUGGAACUAUAACAUCUGGCUUGAAAAAUUAAACGCAUGGCUUCCCUGAGCUAGGGACUUGAUCUUUCUACUCACCAAUAUUAACUACACUGCUGAAAUUGCAGUAACUAGGAAUGGCUUUUUUGGCUGUCAUUUAAGAGUGUUAUAGUGCUGUAGCAGUGCAAUGCAUUAAAAUAACAUGCAUCGCAGUGAUAUAACACCUUCAUUUAAGUGGUAUUUCAGUUUUUUUUUUUGUUUUUUUUUAAAAGUCUGAAAGGAAAGUGUUUCAGCACCAAUUAAAAGAUCAAUUAAACGUAUCUGUGAGGUGGAGAAAUGGCACCCACUGCACUAGUGAGAAAGAACAUAUAAAGAGCCCUGCUGGAUCCGGCCAAAGGCCCAUCUGGUCCAAAAUCCUGUUCUCAUUGUAGACAGCCAAAUGUCUGGGGGAAGCCCGCAAGUUUUCCUUUGUCUGCAGGAGGCAUGGGGAACCUGUGGCUCCACAAGACAUUGUUGGAUUAAAACUUCCGUCAUCCCUGACAGCUGGCUAUUGGGGGGUCAAGUCCAACAGCAAUCAUGUCCUCACAUCUGCCCAUCCUACCUGUGAUGUUGAAAACACCCCACUUCCUAUAAACCCCGAAGGAUCUGUCAUUGUGGGUCCUGAGAGUCGGUGUAUCCCACUUUUGCUUGCAAAACAAAAGAACGUGGAAACAAACAGCCUGCUUUGAUUUUUGGCCCGAGUUACAGUUGCUAAGGCAGCUUUAAAUGAAUCCAAAAGUUGCUGAGGCAAACCCUUUGUCAGAGGGUUGCUGCAUAUUCAAACGAAACCUUAUUCAAAGAGAAUGCAGAAGUGCAUUCUUCAGGGUCGAGUCAGGGCUUUGUACUUGGGUAAUACGGCCUGUUUUGAAAGUGUUCUCCGGCCCCUGCUGGGAUUCUCAGCUGGAAGCUCUAGAGGGGGGUAGGUGUGCAUGUGAUGUGUGAGCCCCUUUUGAGUCUAUUUGCCUACCACAACCAGUCUGUAAUAUUGGUGUUUUCUCUCCCACUGCCUCCGGAGGCAGAGUGAUUUCAUUUUGAUUAUUUGGCUGACAACACACAACCCGAUGUGUGUGUGUGUGUAAUAUAUAUAUAUAUAUCGCAGCUUCAGGAUAUAUUUCCUGAAGCUGGGAGUUAAUUAGCAGCUGCCGGGUAGGAAGAAAGCACACAGCUUGAAAGGACUUGAUGAUUCAGGUCUGCAGGAUUCAGCAAUUUGACAUUCUAAUCCGGCUAUUUUUCACCUUAAAGCCCAACCAAGCCAGCAAUGAGGUUCUUUUAUUGUUCCCCGGCUGCUGCGUUGUUCAACCUUGUCUCUUUUCUGAACUCAAGUUGGGCCAUGUGUGGAAUUGAAGGCCCUCUUUCCCACAGAGUUUGAAAAUGCUGGAAUUCUGAAUUCACAUGGAGUAAGCCAGCUUCUGGUGCCAUCAUUGUUCCAGUCCCUGGAGAAGGUGGUGCUGGCAUUUCAUCUAUCUGGUUGGUUUCCAUUUUUGAAGGUUUACAUCUUUUGUUGCGCAAUCAGAUAUGGGAUUCUGUUGAUGUACCAGCCCUAGAGGAAUGGUGGGACCUCAGUAUUAAUGCCAUGAUUGCUUUGACAGGGGUGACUCAGGACUUUGUGGCUGCCAUGAGAACCAUGCAAGUAUCACAACCUGUCAUUGCCAAACCCAUGCAGAAGGACACAUUCUUGGCUUUGUUUUCUUAACCGGAUGGGGCUGGUGGUCUACAACUGUACAGGAGAAAACAAGCCUGGUUUUAGGAGGCAUAGGGCCCCCCAAUUUUUUUUUUUAAAAAAGAGUGGAGCAAAGGGCAAAGAUCCACUUGUAGAUAUAAAGGUAAAGGUAAAGGGACCCCUGACCAUUAGGUCCAGUCGUGACCGACUCUGGGGUUGCAGCGCUCAUCUCGCUUUAUUGGCCAAGGGAGCCGGCGUACAGCUUCCGGGUCAUGUGGCCAGCAUGACUAAGCCGCUUUUGGCAAACCAGAGCAGCACACGGAAACGCCGUUUACCUUUCCGCAGGAGCGGUACCUAUUUAUCUACUUGCACUUUGACGUGCUUUCGAACUGCUAGGUGGGCAGGAGCUGGGACCAAGCAACAGGAGCUCACCCCGUCACGGGGAUUCGAACCGCCAACCUUCUGAUCGGCAAGUCCUAGGCUCUGUUGUUUAACUCACAGCGCCACCCGCGUCCCUACUUGUAGAUAUAUUCAGUAUUUAAAAGGCAAUAUUUAAAUGUGGAGCUGCCCUUGGGUCUGGUCUGGAAGCUUCAGCUAGUGCAGAAUGCUAAGUCUACUAGAGUGGUGAUGGGAACAGACUGUCGUCCGCACAUGACAUCCAGUUUUAAAAGACCUGCCCUGGCUUCCCAUCUGCUGCCAGGCUAGGUUCAGGAUUCUUAUAGAAACCUGCCUCGCAACACAGCCCACUGAACCUACUCUUAGGUCUCCACAGUACUAAAAAAUAUGUCUCAAUGGUCAUUAUGUGUUGGCCACGCAAUUGAUGGGUGAUUUCAUUUCUAGCAGUCUAAUCUAUUUGCUUCUUCUUUCUCCAAAUGUCAUCAGAUGCACUGGAUAUGAAAUACAAAAUACGUUUGUAUUGUCAUAUGAAACGAGCACAGGAUUUCCAUUAUGCUAAAACCCACCAGUAGCUGCAGAUAAAUGCCUCCAAGCAACAAUUGUAAAAGCCCAAAUCCUAGCUGCAGCUCAUCUCUCCUUGUCAUGGGUAUAGUUGACACCUUAUCCAGGCAAAUUAUGAGUAGUCCAGCCAUUUGCCACAUCAGUAGGACAAAAGAAGGUCAUCAGUGGACUUUAUAGCACCAGCCUUCCUCCUUUAAGCUAGAACUGCACAUAAGAGCUUCAAACCCCCCCCCCCCAAAAAAAAGGGCUUGUAGGAAAAUAAUGUUUUCCCGCUUAUACAAAUUUGUGCUCUGAUUUCUCUGUGCCAAGGGAAAUUCCUUAUCUGGCAUCAAAACAGCGUAAGCAUCACGGCAGUGUAAAUUGCACCAUGCUGACGGAAGAUGUAUUGUUUCAUUCAGCCCUCCAAAGUGGUGAAUGCAUCAUCUGGGGCUUGUCAUCCAUACAAUAUUUAUUGUCCUCCAUUUGGGAUACUGCUUCUUAUGAGAAGCAUAUGGACAAAGGAUUUCUGUAAUGUGUUUCCCACCCAUUGUGGACAAGACUUCCAAAAUAAGAAGGGCUGGAUCAAACAAAGUCAUUGCAUUAGUGCAGCAACUUCCACUUUCGCUAUCAAACUUCCUUUCUCCUUCCACAUCUUGGCUGUGAGUCCUGAAAGACCUUUUCCCUGCCUUGCAGGAUUUUUUCUUCAUCUGGCCUGGGAGGGUGGGGCCCAGACUGACUCCAGCUACAAAAGCUGAGGCUGCUGAACAGACUCUUGGGAUGGGGUAUUGUUUGGGGGGAGGGAGGGAAUUGCUGCUAUUAAUUGAAAUUAUUAGUUUUUGUAUAUUUAUUUUAGAGCUUAUUAUGCUUUAUGUGGGGACGCGGGUGGCACUGUGGGUAAAACCUCAGCGCCUAGGACUUGCCGAUCACAUGGUCGGCGGUUCGAAUCCCCGCGGUGGGGUGCGCUCCCGUCGUUCGGUCCCAGCUCCUGCCCACCUAGCAGUUCGAAAGCACCCUUGAGUGCAAGUAGAUAAAUAGGCACCGCUUUAUAGCGGGAAGGUAAACGGCGUUCCGUGUGCUGCUCUGGUGCCGGUUCUCCGGAGCAGCUUCGUCACGCUGGCCACGUGACCUGGAAGUGUCUGUGGACAGCGCUGGCUCUCGGCCUCUAGAGUGAGAUGAGCGCACAAUCCUAGAGUCUGUCAAGACUGGCCCGUACGGACAGGGGUACCUUUACCUUUACCUUAUGCUUUAUGUGGAAAUCGUUUGAUUUGUGUAUUUUUUUAUGUUUUAUUUCUUGUUUAUGACUACUUAUGUUAUGUUGUAAUUAUGUAUUUUUUCAUGUUGUGAGCCUCCUUGACCAUGGUUUGAACUAUGGAAAGGCAACACAAAAAUAAAAUUAUGUAUGUAUGUAUGUAUGUAUGUGACUCCACACAAACCUCAAAUCUGCUUUGGAGCAUUGGUGGGACCCUGAGAGCAAAGGGCGGGGUGUUCAAAAGAAGGAAAAGUUCCAUUGCAUGAGUGGAAAUUGCUCUGCUUCUGCAGUGUCUUUGUUAAAUACAGUCCAAAGAGUCCAUAAAAAUCCAAAGACGUGUGAAGUGGGCGAGGGUACUGCCAUAGGCUAUUUUUUACCACCUUCAGCUUCCUUAAGUGAAACUUCGUUGGACUGCAGUGGCUGUUUACUGCCUUUUGUUUUUCUUUCUAGUAGCCUUCUCCGUGGAAUUCAUUGCGGGAUCGGGAAACACAGCCACAGGGGGAAGGUGUCACUGUGCAGAAUGCUCUGAGUGGGGGGGGACUGGUGUUGGACCUUGAAGGCGUCUUCACAGAACUUGCUUUGUCGGGGGUGGCCACUUUGCGGUGGACAUGUGGUCCCAUUUCCCACAUCUCACACACUUUGCCUGCUCUCUGGCCAUGUUCUUCCAGCUGCCUGCACUGCAGAUGGUGUAUUGGGAGUUGCACUGCCUUUAGAGAGGCAAGAAACAUGUCGGCGUGAGGUAUAGCAACACGACAGAGGCCUAGUUUUCAGGGUCAAGCUAGACCUGUGAAAAGUUUCUGGACUUCUUUCUGUUUUGUUUUGUUUUGAACUUAAAUGCAGCUUAGAGGAGAUGCCAGGUUUAGUGGAGGGGUGGCGCAGGAGUCGAUGUUUGCCCCUCUCACUGUUUUACUGUCAAACUCACUCUCCCAAAGCUGUUUCUUAAGGUAAAGGUAAAGGGACCUCUGAUGGUUAGGUCCAUUCGCGGACGACUCUGGUGUUGCGGCGCUCGUCUCACUUUACUGGCCAAGGGAGCUGGUGUUUGUCCACAGACAGCUUCCGGGUCAUGUGGCCAGCAUGACUAAGCUGCUUCUGGCGAACCAGAGCAGCUCACAGAAACGCCGUUUACCUUCCCACCGGAGUGGUACCUAUUUAUCUACUUGCACUUUGACGUGCUUUCGAACUGCUAGGUUGGCAGGAGCAGGGACCGAAGAAUGGGAGCUCACCCUGUCGCGGGGAUUCAAUCUGCCGACCUUCUGAUCGGCAAGCCCUAGGCUCUGUGGUUUAACCCACAGCACCACCUGCUGUCUCUGGGAAUACAGCUUAUGAGAGAGGAGAUAUUGAGUAGACCGAUAGCAGGAGGGGGGAAAGGUUAAGUAGUUCCUCUCCUACCAUUCCUUGAUUUAAAUUUACAGCCUUCCAAUAUUCCCCCCCCCCCCCGAUUAAAAAUGUCAGAAGAGUUUUUGGCUUAUAGGUUCAGAUUCUGGGCAUCCAGGCUGUGCAAAUGAGAGAUGGGCAGACCCUAUGGAAGCAAACAGUAAUGCACCUAACCUGUGAGCCAGGCUUGACAAUGCGCAGGAGAUGAGUGAACUCCCAUCAUUGUUUUAUCAGAAAAAAGCCUUCGGCCCCUGCCCUGAGAUUCAUUUCAGCAUGGAACCAUUUAGGAAGCUCGUCUGAUAUUGUGGGUGGGUGUGGGUGUGCCAUUUAAAGAGGCCAUUCAUGUUGCAAAUCAGAGGCUACUUGUCAUUAAUCCCUCAGCUGAGCCUGAAAAUAGGGAUCUUUCAAUUGGCAUUAGAAAGGGCAUUUGCUGCUGAAUAGAAGUUACUUGUGAUGUUAGUAGCAGGAUAUAUUAAAUGUUGUGUGGAGCCUUCCAUUGUAGUUCCACUCCCAGGUAAUUUGCAUGAAAAGGCUCUGGUGUGGGAGGACGGUCCCCGCACCCUGCAGUAUUGCCGCCUCUCCCACAUGCAGAGAAGUUCUCCAGUUGUUCGACCAGAGCUUCUUUUCCCCAGAGACGAAAUGUGGGACCAUGUGCGUGCAAUGCAUAUGCUAUUACCACUGGGCUAUGGGUCCUUCCCCUGCCUCCCCACCUGAUCCUGCUCUUCCUCAACUCAUCCUUUUCUGCCUGGUCCUUGAUUGUUCCUCAGCUAGACAUCGGGGAGCUCUCUCCAGCAGGCUGCAGCUUACGUGCCAUCUGUUGGAUUUGGCACCCUCCUCCUUUGCCUUUCAGGCUCCCCUUUGCAGAGAUGGCCAUACCUCCUGGGGACGGGAGGCAGGGAGGGCCAGUGCUUGCUGUUCUCUUCUUGUCUGCCGGAUUCUCAAGUGACCGAGCAGCAUCCAACAUGAUGUCGGAAAUAUCCGAAGCCUAUUUCUAGGAGAACAGAUGGGCGUCGUGCUGUGACAAGGGAGAAAGUGCAGCUGGGUGAACAGGAAAUAUAGGAUUUAUAUAAAAGAGGAUAAAAAUAUAUGUAUUAGAAAUAGUAGAGCGACAGAAUCUAGAUGCUGCUCUUCAUUCUUUAAUUUUGACUUGAGGAGGCCAAAUUACAGCUCCAAGAAUCUGGGCUGGAGUCUGGGGGAAAUGGGGACACUCUAAAAACCAUACUAAUAGGCUGAAAUUAAGGAAAGGAAAUGCAUAAAAUGGCUAUCAGGAACCAUUUCCUAGCAGUCCAAGCCACUAGACCGUGGAAUUAGCUCCCUGGGGAAGCAGACGAAUCCCUGUUGCUACAGUCGUUUAGAACUGGACAAGUGGAAGCAGGAGGAGAGAGCAGCGCUUGGGGACCAAUCCUGCAUUAGCCGCAGGAGAAAUGGAUCAGAUCGGGGGUUUUGUUAACCUCUAAUUUCUGCUACCCCACCCCCGCUGCUUCCUAUUAGUCUGAAAUGAAACAAAAAUCAUUAGCAGACAGAUUUUUUUUUUGUCACUGGGAUUGGGACUCGCUGGGUCUGAAAGUGACUCAGAGCAGCGUGAGAGUUGAUGUGUCAUCUGGAUGGACCUGAUUUAUGAGUCUGCUGGUGCUUGUUCCAUAUUUCACCUGCGCCAUGAACUCAGUGGAUGGCCUUGGGAAAGCCUUGGGGAUUCUCACAGUUCCCCACCUGCAAUAUGCGCGCAAUAAUGCCACCUACUUUGCAAGGUUGUUGUAAGGAAGGCAGUGAACAUGAAAUGCUUUGCGCUCUCUGCAGUGCACUUGGUUCUUACUGUAUUGAAAGCAGAAGGGGCAGAGUUGCAUAUGGUUGGGUGACUCGAGGAAGAGGGACAGGAAUGCGGUGCUCUUGAUAGGGACUGCCAGCAGGUGCAUAUUGUCCAGCAAGGUACCUUGGGUUAAGAACUUAAUUUGUUCCGGAGGUCCAUUCUUAACCUGAAACUGUUCUUAAUCUGAAGCACCACUUUAGCUAAUGGGGCCUCCUGCUGCCGCCAUGCCACCGGAGCAUGAUUUCUGUUCUCAUCCUGAAGCAAAGUUCCUAACCUGAGGUACUAUUCUGGGUUAGUGGAGUCUGUAACCUGAAGCGUAUGUAACCUGAAGCGUCUGUAACCUGAGGUACCACUGUAUUGUGCUUGAAGGGUAAGUGGAACCCACAUAUUGACCGUAUUUACACAAAUCUAAUGCGCCAUCAAAUCUAACGCGCACCUCAAUUUUCAGAACCUUGAAACAAAAGAAGUAUUUGCUGGUGCCAUUAAAUCUAAUGUGCACGCUAAUUUUCAUGACGUAAAUUGGCCAAAAAAGUUCACAUUGUAUUUGAGUAAAUGCGGUAUUUUGUUUGUUUGUUUGCUUGCUUGUAUGUGUUUUGGCAGAGAGAAGAAUGGUCACAUGCCUAAACAGCGGGAAUUCAGCCUGCCUGUGUGCAGAGGGGCCUAAGCACAUGGGGAGCCUCUUAAGCACAGUAAGAGGGAGAGUUGGUGUCAUUGCAGUCCUCUUGUCAGCCCAGAGAUCUGAAGCCAUGGGAGCUCCCCCACCCCUGUCUGCCCCAGAGCCCAAUGCCCCCUCCUCUUUCUCCCCUUUCAAAUAUUUACACACUCUCUUCCUGCUUGGAGUCUGCAUCCAUGGGGCCUGACCAUGGUCCUUUGAGCUUUACUUGCGAGCAAGUCACACUGUGGAGCUUCCUCUCACAUGAAUGUGAAUAGGAUUGCAACCUUGCGGUGCUCUACUUAGUACCUGCCAUUACCUUCGCCUCUCGCUACCCCUGGUUUUGCCUUCCACCAGCUGCUUGGCUUUUUGCCCCGUAGCCUCUGGGUUCACCAGCUGCCACUGGCCCAUGGCCCUGUGAGAAAGCUGAGGGAAAGAGGUGAAAUUGGGUAGUUCUACCAACAAGGUUUGCUGAUCCCGCCUGUAUUUUUGCUGGUCAAAAGAAUGCAGAUCACUGCAUUUAGUGGGUUACCUAAUGUGGUAUGACGAUUCAGUUGUGCAACACCAAUUUGGGGUUGUCGUUGUUGUUCAGACCAGGAGAAGUGGGGCAGAAUGGAGCUACAUCCAAAACCACAUGUCAGGGAGGAAAGUCUGGGGUAGUUAUUAUUAGUUUAUCCUGUUUUGUUGUGUCCGCUCCAGGAAAGAUUCUAGCUUUGGAUUCAUCGCUGCCAUUCCAAACCUGUAAUGCCCAAUGCCCAAUGUUGAGGCUUUACACUCUCUUUCACCUGCAGCUUCAGCAAGUACAGAAGGCGCCUCUGUGGUGGUAGAGCCCAGCAGAGGAAAUGCCUUCCCAAAUCUGCUCCAGUGACGCAGAUCAGUGGCACAGACUGUCCUGUAAAGGUAAAGGUACCCCUGCCUGUUCGGGCCAGUCUUGCCAGACUCUAGGGUUGUGCGCUCAUCUCACUCUAUAGGCCGGGAGCCAGCGCUGUCCGCAGACACUUCCGGGUCACGUGGCCAGCGUGACAAGCUGCAUCUGGCGAGCCAGCGCAGAACACGGAACGCCGUUUACCUUCCCGCUAGUAAGCGGUCCCUAUUUAUCUACUUGCACCCGGAGGUGCUUUCGAACUGCUAGGUUGGCAGGCGCUGGGACCGAACGACGGGAGCGCACCCCACCGCGGGGAUUCGAACCGCCGACCUUGCGAUCGGCAAGUCCUAGGCACUGAGGUUUUACCCACAGCGCCACCCGCGUCCCUUCUGACUGUCCUGUACAUUUUGUCUAAAGCAAAAACUGAAGACAAUUUUGAAGCUUCCUGGCUGUGCAAAAGAUUCAGGGGAAUUUCAGAGAAGCGAAAGGAGUUUCUGUAGGACUAGGAAAUGCCUGAAGUGUGUUGGAAGGAUUGCGCAUCACUACUUUGAACAAGCAUGUCAAACCAACUGCUUUUCAAGCUGGUGCUUUGUAGUGGCCGAGAGACAGAGAUGGAUGUAAGAAAUCCCCUUGCUCAAAACCUUGCCUCGGCCAUAACCCACUAGGCGGCCUCUCGCUGGCCUCUGGGAAAUCAUUCUCUCACAGCUCCCAUUUGCAAAAUGGGGAUAAUAAUAAGAUCGCCCUACCUUACAAGGUUAUGCAAUGAUAAUGCACAUGAAAUGCUCUAAACACUUUCCAGUGAUAUAUACACACAGACAUAAAGCCAAGUGGUGGUGAUUUUGUCCUGGAAUUGGUGCAGGGGGGCAAACUUUUUCCUUGUACCCCCCUCCCAAUUAUUUUUAAAAAUUCAUAUGUUCUAAUCUUAACAUUUCAAAGUCCUUUGGAAUAGGAUAGCUACCAUUUUUUGGUGUAGGAGACUUAACUGCAACGUUCCCCUAUGACAAAGGUGGCAUUGGAAGUCUCUAGGACUGCAUCUGUUCCUGGUUAUGCAAAAUGUGAGGGCCCUGCCUCCAGGCACCAUCAUUCAAGUUAAAUACUGUAUGGUCUGUGCAUCCUCCCCCACGGGUCUAUGUGGUCAGUAAAAGAAGGAAGUUCCAGCCAAGUGAUUUGGAGCAAAACAGCGGUCAGUAGAGCAUGCAGUGGCAAAGCAAGGUCAGAUGGUACCCGGUGUGGAAAAUUUAUUGCCGCCCCCCCCACACACAUUGAAUUUUUUCACCUGCAAAAAUGGUUUGACUUUAUUUCAUACUUUUGGGGGGAGCCAGAGUUGUUGAGCCAAUGGGAAGCCUGCACACACCAAACCCGCCCAUGAGACCAUUAUCUUUAUUGUUGCACAACAGGUCCCCACAGAAGUAGGAACCCCGAGCAUGGGGUGACACCCUCUUUUAAAACUUCCCUCUUUCCCCCAGAAUCCACUUAGAGCAGCAUUAUUGAUACAUCAUCACUACAUCACUAGCAUGUCGCAAAUGAUGCGGGUGGUGCUGUGAUCUAAACCACAGAGCCUAGGGCUUGCCAAUUGGAAGGUCAGCAGUUUGAAUCCCCGCAACGGGGUGAGCUCCUGUUGCUCGGUCCCUGCUCCUGCCAACCUAGCAGUUUGAAAGCAUGUCAAGUGCAAGUAGAUAAAUAGGUACCGCUCCGGCGGGAAGGUAAAUGGCGUUUCCGUGUGCUGCUCUGGUUCGCCAGAAGCGGCUUAGUCAUGCUGGCCACAUGACCCGGAAGCUGCACACCGGCUCCCUCGGCCAAUAAAGCUAGAUGAACGCCGCAACCUCCGAGUCGUCCGUGACUGGACCUAAUGGUCAGGGGUCUCUUUACCUUUACCUUUAUGCAAUUUUACACACAUUUUGCUUACCAAGCAAAGCUAAAUCAAAUUAAUCUAACCAAAAUAUCUUUUGAAUUUCCAAGUCAUGUCACAACUUUUUUAGAAUUUUCAGAAUUUGAAAGCUGAAAAAGGCAACAUGGCCUACUGCCCCGCAGUAGCCUUUUUACAUCAGAGAACAUGCAUGUUAUGGUACUUGCUUUUGUGUAACUGCUGUCCUGUCUAGUCUGGCCUUAAGGGGCUGAGCAAGCUGGCAAGACCCUGCACCCUGGGAGCCAGAGCGGCAGUCAUUUUUAGCUCUCCUCAUCAGGGAUGUGUCUUGCCACCCUACCCACCUGUAUUCCAGGCUUUGAAAAGCUGAACUGUGCUGUUAAUGAGCUGCCAAGCAAGUGUUACCACCAGCCAAGCAGUUCUAAGAUCUAUAAAUAAAAAUUGCAAUUUUGAGGUGCUGGCUGGCUGGCUGUUUUCCAAAAGCCUGUAUACACUGUAUGCAUCUCCCCUUUGUGUGCACAAGUGGAGAAAGGGGGGUGGACUGGUAAAAUGGAUGGGGAAGAGGGCUUUAAUGGGGGCUCCAGUCAAACAAAGGAGACUUUUAUCUUGGUCCUCAAAAAGGGCACAUUUUAAACCAGGCAGAAAAUAGAUCUGGGUGUGUGUGCGAGAGAGAGGUAGAGAUAUUCAUAGAAUCAUAGAAUCAUAGAAUCAUAGAGUUGGAAGAGACCACAAGGGCCAUCGAGUCCAACCCCCUGCCAAGCAGGAAACACCAUCAGAGCACUCCUGACAUAUGGUUGUCAAGCCUCUGCUUAAAGACCUCCAAAGAAGGAGACUCCACCACACUCCUUGGCAGCAAAUUCCACUGUCGAACAGCUCUUACUGUCAGGAAGUUCUUCCUAAUGUUUAGGUGGAAUCUUUCUUGUAGUUUGGAUCCAUUGCUCCGUGUCCGCUUCUCUGGAGCAGCAGAAAACAACCUUUCUCCCUCCUCUAUGUGACCUCCUUUUAUAUAUUUGAACAUGGCUAUCAUAUCACCCCUUAACCUCCUCUUCUCCAGGCUAAACAUGCCCAGCUCCCUUAGCCGUUCCUCAUAAGGCAUCGUUUCCAGGCCUUUGACCAUUUUGGUUGCCCUCCUCUGGACACGUUCCAGUUUGUCAGUGUCCUUCUUGAACUGUGGUGCCCAGAACUGGACACAGUACUCCAGGUGAGGUCUGACCAGAGCAGAAUACAGUGGCACUAUUACUUCCCUUCAUAGCAGGGUGAUGUAUGGUAACAGCAUUUCAUGUGGUUGGUUUUUUUUAAUGGCCAAACCUUAGUGAGCAUCGGCCCAAAAUGUAGGUAAUGCUGAGGAAGAAUGCCCACCUGUGGUCUGAAUGUGAGGUCGCCAACUUCUCUGCCAUGCCAGAACGGUGUCCCUGGAUUUCAAAGAGCGGCAGUGGGAGGGAGGGAGGAAGCACCCAGUGGACUUGGCAAGCAGUGGGAAGCCCUAGAGGCAGAGGAACACAGACCCAAGUGUCUUGCCUAAGAAGCAGCAGGUAGCAAUUUUACUUCCAUCACUGCUUAAUUUAGUUAUAUAUACUGUUCUGUGUCAUAAUGUGUUGUUUAAAUCGGGGCUGAAUGGGAGACUGUGGAUCUGGUUCGCAGCACGGUUUUAGCUGAUCUCUGUUGCUAAUCCUGCCAUGUUCAGCAUUGUAAAAAAAAUAAUAAUAUGUGGCUGUUGUUGCUCAAUUUAACUUACAGUGAACACAGUUUUCAAAAUGUAUAUUACAGAAAUGAGUGAUUGCACACUUCAAAGUUGCAUCUAUAUUGGCUUUUGGACAUAAUGUCGCAGCCACGCCUGAGUGCGCCCUAGUUGUGUGGACAUCACAACUACAUGGGUCUGACCUAUUAGAGAACUUAACCACUCAUGAAAGCACUUUGAUUGGAUAAUGUUUGCUUCUGGAAACUUUACAGAAAGAUGCUACAAGAGGUUGAAGUGUGAAAUGUACCGUGUAGUUGUUUUCAUGUGCAACUUCUGCAGCUGAUGUCAAAGAUAGCUGCUGUUCUGGUUUUUAGCUUUUUGCUGCUUUUUCCUGGAAGCCUUUUCCUCCAUGCAGAUUUCAAUGAACCCCUUGCUUCCUUCUAUCAUGACAGGUUGUGUGGCAAAAUAUAUUUCAGCCUGGAAAACAAAGACUCUGAUAAUGCCAGAGCUCAGAAAAAAUAACCAUUCAAUCUAGCAAACACAGAGAAAGAAUAGGAAUGCUAUGAAUAGCACAAGGAUUAACAAAACAGCGUAAUGGUUUUACUGUUAAAUGAAAUAUAAGUAGCGCUCUCCCUUUCUCUCUCUCUCUCUCUCUCUCUCUCUCUCUCUCGCAUGUGUGUGUGUAUUAACCCCCCCCAGCAAACAUCAGACAAUCGCUUAGCUUAGCCUACCUCACAGGGUUGUUGUGCGGAUGAAAUGGGGAGAAGGAGAACCAUGUACACCACCCUGAGAUCCUUGGAAGAUAAAGAUGGUGCAUAAAUGUAAUUAAAAGCAACAACUCUUUUGCCUUUAUCAUUGUGGGACACCACAAGAAGCCUUUUGCCAUGCAAAAGAGUCUUAGUCCUGUGCAUUCUCUGCUGCCCCUGUUCUAGGGCAGUGUUCAGGGAUGCUAUUGCAUGGAGAAUUCAGCCCCAACAGCGCCUUGGACUUUUCUUUGUGCAGCUGUGCAUGGAUUUUAUGCCAGCGUGCCAACGGCUUUCUCUGCAUUGAUCCUUGCACAAAGGGGGACAGGGGCCACAGCUGAGCAACAGAGCUCAUGGCUUGUGUGCCAAAGAUCUCCGGCUCAUCUGGUAGCAUCUCCAAGAUACCAGGCGGCAAGGAUGGGCAGGACCUCUGGGUGAAGGGACGCAGCUCAGUGAAUAUGUGCAUGCAAGACGCCCCUGGUUCAACCCCUCAAAUCUCCAGGUUGGGGUGGGAAGAGGCUCCUGUCUGAAAUCUUGGAAAACUUCUGUCUGCCAGGCUGCCCCAACCUGGUACCAUGUGUGUGCAGCUGAUGGGGGCUGGUAUUGCAAGCAUUGGAGGUUGCAAGCCUUGGGGGAAUAUUCAUUUGCUUACCGAUGCCAGAAUGUCUGUGUUAUCACCUACAACCUUUGUGGGUGGCCAAUGUUAGGAAUGUAGCCAUCUCUGUCUGUACUUUCUGCAUGUGCUUUACUUUUCUGAUUACAUCCCGUCCCACCCCACUCCCACCGCCAACCAUGUGCUGGUGCACACCAACACACUCCUGCGACUCAAGAUAACACUUCAGGCACUUUAGGCUUAAUGCUCCCAACGUACAAACGGCGAAUUUAAACAGGUACAGGCAGAGCCUUGGGCAAGUGAUUGUCAAAAGCCAUGGGAUGAAUUGCAGCAGUUUAAAAGCAACAUUUAUAAAGGUCAUUAGUAAUUUUGAAUGCUCAGUUUAACCUCAUAAAGGGACUGGAUUUCCAAGGCACCAGGUUUUGUGAAAACCUCGGUUUUAACUAGACUGUAUUGCCAGCAGUAGUAUACUAAGAGUGGGACAGUACUGGCCAUGGUUGCGACCCGGACAGGGGCAAAAAUGUGAAACAUCACAUGUUAUAAAGGCAUUAAAAUAAAUACUGUAUUAUUCUGGGUUCACUAUGGAAUAAUAUUGCAUAUUUACAAGAUGUAGAUGAAAAGCUAGGUACUUGGUUGCUCAAAGGCUUAGUGAGGUCAGGAGGUCAGACUGCAUUGAAUAAUUGCAGCUGCUAUAAACUCUGAAUACUGGUAGUGGGCAAGGAGAGUAUGAAUCAGGGCUACUGCUUUAGAUUCCACAGUGGUCAGAUAUCUACCUAGUAACUUGUGAGUAGGAGCAGUCAUUAUCAGCAGUGCAAACUCCAGUUUUCAACAGCAGAACCUGAAAUUUUCCUUGAGUAUUUGCAACAUUUAGGCCACUGAAGAUGUCAACGAGGUUGAACUCACUAUUUAAGGCCAUACUCAUUAUUUGACAAAAUGUUCUUAAUGUGUUAAAAUAUUUGGCAUUGUAAACAAUCUAGUUUUAUUUGCUUUUGAGUCCUUUGUGCAUGAGGGGCUUUAAGUAAAGCAUUUUAGAAUCAUCCCCCCCCCCCGACUUUCAUAUUGUUUUCUAGAUUCCAUUGGUCAGGAACAUUUAUCCCUUUGUUUUAGAUUCUGGGGGAGGUUAUCGAAUUGGGAGUCUGUUCUGGAUGCAGACAUUUGUGUCCUUUUCCUGGGGGCCUGGAUCCAAAGAGCUACUUCCCAUGGGGUGCUUGUGCUCCUUUAGUGGAUUUUAUUAUUUUUUUGUCCAUCCCAUACCACAAAUUGCUUUUGAAACCCUCAGAUUCAGGAGCAGUUUGCCACAAGUCACAAGAGCUUGUUGUUGUUGUUUAGUCGUUUAGUCGUGUCCAACUCUUUGUGACCCCAUGGACCAGAGCAUGCCAGGCACUUCUGUCUUCCACUGCCUCCCGCAGUUUCGUCAAAUUCAUGUUGGUAGUUUCGAGAACACUGUCCCACCAUCUCGUCCUCUGUCGUCCCCUUCUCCUUGUGCCCUCCAUCUUUCCCAACAUCAGGGUCUUUUCCAGGGAGUCUUCUCUUCUCAUGAGGUGGCCAAAGUAUUGGAGUCUCAGCUUCAGGAUCUGUCCUUCCAGUGAGCACUCAGGGCUGAUUUCCUUCAGAAUUUAUAGGUUUGAUCUUCUUGCAGUCCAUGAGACUCUCAAGAGUCUCCUCCAGCACCAUAAUUCAAAAGCAUCAAUUCUUCGGCGAUCAGCCUUCUUUAUGGUCCAGCUCUACAUGACAAAAGCAAACCUAAAUGGUGGGAGCUGCCCUCUGGGGUCUCGUGGCCUCUGCACCCUCCUGGCAUGAUUCACCCCCCCAGUGGCCUUUUAUUUCCACUCUCCCCUAGUUUCUGAUGUAAAUCUUCACUCAGUCCUUCCCUGGCUGGGAUGGGGGCAGAAUUAGGUGGUUUGCCUCUAGUGCAGAAAUGCAUUGGACCAGCCCUGCAGACAAUCCAUGGGGCUGGCUAUGGGAGCUUGUAUGGGUCCUCCUUACGCAUGCAAGUGUUUUUUGCAGUAUCCACAUGAUGUCCAGGCCUCAAAUUGCCAGCCUGCACUUCUUCCCCCUUUUAUCUGUUUUUCCUCCUUUUGCGAGGAAGUUCUAUAAGCUAAAAACAACAUCAUUCAACUCUUGCCAGUGACCUGUUCAAAUCAUCUCAGCAGGCUGUUUGCAUAUUAAGCAAGCAACCUGUUUCUAGUCCACAUACAUGUAGUUUAUACUGUGUUCUUGGCAACGCACAAGUGUUAAAGGAUUUAAAUGUCUGAAAAUAUCUAUGACUAGGCUUUAUGCCUAGGCAAAUUGUCCAGCAAGUUAUAAAUAGUUAUCAUCAACAGACUCCUGAACAAAAGCUCAAUUUUUCUUCCUUAGGACCAGAUUUUCAACUUCCCAUUAGGUUGCCAAAAUCAAUGGCCAGAUGAUCAAAUUGCUCACUGGGUUGUAAAUCUCCCCUUUAAAUGAAAUAGAUUGCGGUAGCUCCUUCCUGGUCCUGGGUCCCGGUUACAAUUAAGAUGGCAGCAGAUACAUAUUAGACUGAAAAUAAUGAUAAGAAGGAUGGUCACUCUGUAAGGAAAAUGCAAGAACUGUAACACUCUGAUGGGGAUGUUCAUGAAUAUGAGCAAUCGCCCGUGCAAAAUAUACAAUGGAGACAAAUGGGGGGAGAUUAAAAUAAUAAAUGUUAAUGAUGCAAAAAUAAUGAGGCUGGAGUAUAAUGUGCUGUACGAGGCAUAAGAGUAAGACAAAACUAUAAGUAAUGAAAAGCAAAGUUAAUCCUAUAGCUUAAUUGGAAAUAAUUCUCACUUCUAAAUCUUACACGCUUUGGUUGUCAGGCUCUGUAGGGUUGCUACCAAGUUUCCCAGACUCCGGAUGGGUGGGGUAUAAAUUAUAAAUUAUUAUAAAUUAUUAUUACUUGUUCUUUAAUCAUCAGUUGGGCAAAGAGAAAAAGCAGCUGGAACUGGUAGUUGUGGGGCCAUCUCUUAAGAACAGUGGUGUGAAUCUUUGGUCUGGGGACCAAAUGCAGGACUCCCCCAAGCCAGAACUCAUAGUGACCCUCCUCUGCACCCCCCGUGGGUACUUUCGCCUGGCCGGAAUGUGUGAAGAGAUACCUGUGUAGGAACCUGUUGCUUCUGCAUGGCUGAAACUAGACUCUGCCAGUCCCUGGCAUGCAGGCCCCCCCUCCCAGAAAGGUUGCCCACAAAGAAAGGUGGUCCUUGUGCUCAGAAAAGUUUCCCACCCCUGCCUUGAGCCAUCAAGGUGAUUGUCCCCAUUAAUACCAUCUGUCCAUGGAAGCAGAAGUGGGGGGGGGGGAGGGCAGGGCGGAGAAACAUUUGCCUCUCCCAAGCAGGCCUUCUUUCAGUCCCACCUGGACCUGAUGAGGUCAUUUCUCUGCUCAAACAGAGCUGGUGCUAACUUCUAGUAGGGAGAUGAGACAGCAACCCCACCCAGCUCCAGUAGCUCUGAAGGUGUCAUUUCAUAGAAUCAUAGAGUUGGAAGAGACCACAAGGGCCAUCGAGUCCAACCCCCUGCCAAGCAGGAAACACCAUCAGAGCACUCCUGACAUAUGGUUGUCAAGCCUCUGCUUAAAGACCUCCAAAGAAGGAGACUCCACCACACUCCUUGGCAGCAAAUUCCACUGUCGAACAGCUCUUACUGUCAGGAAGUUCUUCCUAAUGUUUAGGUGGAAUCUUCUUUCUUGUAGUUUGGAUCCAUUGCUCCGUGUCCGCUUCUCUGGAGCAGCAGAAAACAACCUUUCUCCCUCCUCUAUGUGACCUCCUUUUAUAUAUUUGAACAUGGCUAUCAUAUCACCCCUUAACCUCCUCUUCUCCAGGCUAAACAUGCCCAGCUCCCUUAGCCGUUCCUCAUAAGGCAUCGUUUCCAGGCCUUUGACCAUUUUGGUUGCCCUCCUCUGGACACGUUCCAGUUUGUCAGUGUCCUUCUUGAACUGUGGUGCCCAGAACUGGACACAGUACUCCAGGUGAGGUCUGACCAGAGCAGAAUACAGUGGCACUAUUACUUCCCUUGAUUUGGUGGAUUCCGUCGGCUUCCACAGCCCAUGAACCAGUCCCUAGAUGUGAUGGAGCAGCAUCUCAACCCCCGAUGUUCCCGGGGUGGUGCUUUGGCCCUACUUUGGCAAGCAAUAGUGAACUCUCUCUUUUUUGACCCCUGAGGAAACACAAAGCUGGUGGACAAUUCAGAGGAAAUUAUUACUCUCCACUUUGGCCUUUUGCUCCCUGGCUCACUCCACCCAACCCUUGGCUUCAUGGGUUGGUAUUCAGGUAGCAAGGACAGGUCAUGAGAGUUCAGCCUGAAGUUUCAAAGUUUUAGCCUUCAAAGGCAGAGAUAAAAUCUCAGGUUGAAGGCUGGAGCCAUAGAAGAGAAGAAGAGCUUGGAUUUGAUAUCCCACUUUAUCACUACCCUAAGGAGUCUCAAAGCAGCAAACAAUCUCCUUUCCCUUCCUCCCCCACAAGAAACACUCUGUGAGGUGGGUGGGGCUGAGAGACUUCAGAGAAGUGUGACUAGCCCAAGGUCACCCAGCAGCUGCAUGUGGAAGAGCGGAGAUGCGAACCCGGUUCACCAGAUUACGAGUCUACCGCUCUUAACCAUUACACCACACUGGCAUCCCAUAGGGACGGCAUGCUCUUCUCUCCUUGGUUUGAGGGCUUGUGUUUUUGCUCUGUCCUCGUGUUAGUAAAGCCUUUUCUCUGAACAACCAGGCAGAGCCAAUAUUUGUCCUCUGCCCCACCAGGUGCUGAUCCCAACGAGUGCUGUACCCCCAGUGAGCUUUGCUCCCGCCUAGAAGUUCCCACUGCCUGCCCUAAGAGGUACCACCCAUAAGUGUGGGGCUAUGCCUCUGGCAACCAUAUACCCUGGACCUUCAUCCUGUGGAGGAACUAGCUAGUUGAGAGGGGUCCCAAGUGGUGGAGCUUCUGGAAGGUGUCAGGAAAAGCUGGAACUAUGCCAGCAGUUAAUAUGAAGAUACGUCUUUUGUUAAGUUGGGGCUGCUCUGCAGACCCUUUCUAUGGAUCAUAUAUCAUGAUUUGUGGUGUUGAGGCUAUUCGUGUGGCUAUACACGUCCAUUUCAUUUGUAUCAGCCGUAGUUUUUGUUGCACGGUAGCACAAGAAUGCCCCUCCAGAUGGCAGAAAUGUGGAAACAUUGGGCAAGUGUAACAAAACAACUAAUAAAUAAAAUGGAAAGGCGUGCCGAUGUCCCAGUAUAAAUCCAAUGGCCCAAAUAGUGUUUCUUGACUGAGUAUGAGUGUGUUUUAAUGGUUUGAGUAACAACACAUUGUUACCGUAUUGUUAAAGCUAUGGUUUUCCCAGUAGUGAUGUAUGGAAGUGAGAUCUGGACCAUAAAGAAGGCUGAUAGCCGAAGAAUUGAUGCUUUUAAAUUCUGGUGCUGGAGGAUACUCUUGAGAGUCCCAUGGACUGCAAGAAGAUCAAACCUAUCCAUUCUGAAGGAAAUCAGCCCUGAGUGCUCACUGGAAGGACAGAUCCUGAAGCUGAGGCUCCAAUACUUUGGCCACCUCAUGAGAAGAGAAGACUCCCUGGAGAAGACCCUGAUGCUGGGAAAGAUGGAGGGCACAAGGAGAAGGAGACGACAGAGGACGAGAUGGUGGGACAGUGUUCUCGAAGCUACGAACAUGAAUUUGAGAAAUUCUGGGAGGCAGUGGAAGACAGGAGUGCCUGGAGUGCUCUGGUCCAGGGGGUCACGAAGAGUCAGACAAGACUAAAUGACAACAACACAUCCUGGAAAGGCUCACAGCCCUUUCUCUUUGUUUCAGGGGAACUGUCAGCCCAAGGAAGGAUGCCUGAAUUAUAGGAAUAAGACACGUUCUCCUACCCUCUCAUUCCAACAGCCCUUGUGCUCACUAAAGAGGCGACUUGGGGCUAAGAUAGAGAGGACUCUUCUCCAAAGGAAAGGAAAAUGUGUUUUAAAUCCCUUGGAGGGCUGUGAGGUCAAACCUAGGAAUAGCGCAAUCCUUUCAUCUAGGCCUGCUGGUAAUUACAGAGAUGCUGAUCAGAAAGCUCCAUUUUGCACUUAAAAUUGCAAGCCGGGUUCAACUUCUGUGCACGAAAGAUUUCCACAUUGGAAUUGUGGGGCUUAAAAGACAGAGUGAAAUCUCUCUGAGUUUAUGAGGGAGACCAUUAAUCGCUCUGAGCUGAAAUUUAAAUAAAAUCUGAGCCUUUUGAGAUUGUCUAGCAACUGUAACAGGGUUUCCUUAUAGCAGAAAUGAAGUGAAUUGGGUUGUCCAUACCCACGCAGGAAAAAUGGCUGUUGCUGUUUAACUGUCUUUGUGGGUCUUCUGCUGCGAUGUCAUGGCACCAAAGGGUUUUUGUGGACCCCCAAGAUCUCACUCUGCCCUCCCAUUUUAAUUAAAAAUAUAUAUAUAUUUAAAAAAAAAUAUAUAGUUCCCAUAGGUAUCCCACUGUGCCCUCCAGAAGACCCCCUUAAAAAAUAUUUUAAAAAUAGUAUUAUUAUUUUUUUAAAAUGUUCACCAUUGCCCUGUUGUGAUUCUUUGAUGUCAAAACAUGAUUGAGCCCCAGCCCCACCCACCCAGCUCUCCACAAAGAGGUGGCAAAACUUUGGCUUUUCUACUGGACCAGCAAAGCACCACCCUAGGAAGCCCAGUUGUCAGCUGCCAGGAUUGUGCAGCUUGUGAGUUUAUUUCCUUUUCUCCUCGGUGGCCGGUGCUGCUGGGCCCUCAGGGGAGAGAUGAUCACUGCUGUGUUGAAUUGUUUGUCACAUUUUCCGUUUGGCUGCCUCAGAGUCCCCAGGGGAGUUCAUUGCGCCAGGGCCCACAGGAGGUGAGAGCCGCUCCCUGUUUGCAUGCGCGGCGGAAGCAGCAGCAGCAGCAGGAAAAACAGCAGGGCGAAGCUUCAGCUUGGAAUGAGCUGUCUCCGCCAGACAGUGGUUCUCUGGCGGUGGCAGCAUGGGUUUGGUGCCCGGAGCGCAAGGCAGCGUUCUGGUGGCAGCACACAGGUGACAGGCUCUUAAUGAAAAAAGGGGUCCCUAGGCAUGGACUUUUUAAGGGAAAAAAGAAAAGGCAGCAGUUUGCGCUUGACAGAAACAGCCAUGUGUGGAGGGACGGGGCAAAGCCCUAGAGGCAUCCUGUAUCCAUCCUCUCUCAGCAGGCUUGGCUGAACAGCAUUUAAGAAGGAACCUGGAAGUGAUGUGGAGAGUCUCCCAACUGUUUUUGUGUUCGUUCAACUUUUAACACAGCCCAUGAAAGAUUUGGCCAGAAAGAUGGUGCAUAUGUGUGUAUGCUUGCUGGCUUGCUUAACCCUUUCCCUGCAGCCGUUUUUACAAUUAAAAAUCUCCCUCACCAUCUGUUUUCGCACCCACGCGUAGAUUCUUCUGUGGGGAGUAAAGCAGCUUGGAAAAGGAAUUUUUUUAAGCCUCCCCCUCUCCCCUUGCUACUCUGUUUAUAUUUGAAGCCAGCUUGGCCAAUAAUGAUAGGGGAAAUGCUUUGAGGUGGAGCCCAAGACAUCUGGAAGGCCUGCACCGGUCUUCAGAGACCGACACUGGCUCCCAGUACGUUUGUGAGCACAAUUCAAAGUGUUGGUGCUGACCUUUAAAGCCCUAAACGGCCUCUGCCCAGUAUUCCUGAAGGAGCGUCUCCACCCCCAUUGUUCCCACUGAGGUCCAGCGCCAAGGGCCUUCUGGCGGUUCCUUCACUGCGAGAAGCCAAGUUACAGAGAACCAGGCAGAGGGCCUUCUUGGUAGUGGCGCCAACCCUGUGGAACGCCUUCCCACCAGAUGUCAAAGAGAACUACAACUACCAGACUUUUAGACGACAUCUGAAGGCAUCCCUGUUUAGGGAAGCUUUUAAUGUUUGAGGCAUUACUGUAUUUUAAUAUUCUGUUGGAAGCCGCCCAGAGUGGCUGGGGAAACCCAGCCAGAUGGGCAGGGUAUAAAUAAAAAAUUAUUAUUAUUAUUAUUACUACUACUACUACUUUGGCUAACCCUGCUGUAAAGUAUUUAGCCUACUCAUACCUCUUCCCUGAUUGAAUGCUAGAAAAAUAUUUAAUGAAAGCUGAGAUUUCCAGGAUCCCAACUUUCUGUCCUUGAUGUCCCAUUUGGCAUUUGCACCCUGAGGCCAUAGCACAGGGGUCAGCAAACUUUUUCAGCAGGGGGCUGGUCCACUGUCCCUUGUGGGGGGCCGGACUAUAUUUGGGCGGGGGGAAAUGAAUGAAUUCCUAUGCCCCACAAAUAACCCAGAGAUGCAUUUUAAACAAAAGCACACGUUCUACUCAUGUCAAAACACCAGGCAGGCCCCACAAAUAACCCAGAGAUGCAUUUUAAAUAAAGGGACACGUUCUACGCUGAUUCCCGGACCGUCCGCAGGCCGGAUUUAGAAGGCGAUUGGGCCGGAUCCAGCUCCCGGGCCUAGUUUACCUACCCAUGCCAUAGCAGAAUGGAAUACAUGCAGCCUGGUUCGUGGCCCACCUGGUCUGGCUGGCCUCAAUUAUUGGCUAUGUGUGAGUGCAAGCCCCAUUUUGAAAUAGCCUUAGAAAUUGCUCCCUAAGCUGUGCGUUAUAUGAAAUAGUUUCUCUCAUCCUGUACUUGGCUGGAGCUGGACCAGCCAGCAUGUGGCAGGUCAAGGUUAAGGUGUGUUGGCUGUGUGGUCAGGAGGAGACUCGCAGCAGGGAUAGGUGGGGAUGUUGGAAGCCAGUAAUAACACCCGGUGGCAAUGGCCAUGUUGUAUGUGUGUAGGAAGAGAAGGAGCAGCAAGGGGUAAUGAAGGCUUUGAUGGAGAUUCAGCGGAAGAGCCAGGUGGGGAUCCAGAAAUGAAAUAGCAGGGAGUGCAUUGACAUGCAUUAGUAGAGUCCAGGACUGAAAUGGCAGGAGGAGUGGGGUGGAGGGAGGUCAUGAACAGCAUGCGCUAGCAGAGCCAUUUGAGGUCCUUUAUAAGAGAACAGCAGGACAGUUACCAGGCACAUCCAAAAUGUAUUAUUAGAGCUUCAUGGGAGCCAAGGACUGGCAUUUUUCUGUGGGCUUUUGGAUCAGGCCUAUGCUGCACAGCCAGAGGUUGUGUGCAAGAGAAUUGGCUCCAGGAUCAGCCUGCCAUACAUACUGUGUAUGACUCAAGUGCAAAGUUAAUGCAACAUAUGGAAAUAAUACCUAGUGUUCCAGCAACUGUUUUCCACCCACUUCCUUAUAGUUCUACCCAAUUCCGGGGCAUCUUGGCUGGCAUUUAUUUAAAGAGGAGCCAUGUUUUCCAUGGAAGUCCCAGCACUCUUGUGGCCCCUGACUCUGCUCCUAUGUGAGUCAAGUAGCGGUUAAGAAACAGCUCUUCCUAACCUGCCUUGGAAUUCUGUGCAGCCAGGGCCGCCUUAAGCAUAUCCGGCGCCAUGGUGCAGAGCUCCCUCUGGCGCCCACCCACCCUCCCGUUUCCCAGAGUUUUUUUAGGGAGGAUGGCGCUGCCGGCAGGGCUGGAGGAGGCGGGCAGUGGUUGGAGGGCAGCUCCUCUGGCGGGGAAGAGGCGGAGGCUGGACCCAGCAACUCCCGGCUCAGCUGGAUGCUUCGUGCCACGGUGGCCACGGCAGAUGAAGGCUCUGGGUGUGGCACUGCUUCGGUGCGGCAUGGCGGAGGCGGGCGAGGGCGGCGAGCUGAUGCCGGGAGGUGCCGCAUCCAGCCUCCGGCUCUUCCAUGGCGCCCUCCAGAACUUGGCGCCCUGUGCCACUAGCUCUAUGGGUAAGACGGCCCUGUGCGCAGCAGCUCCCCUCCCCUUCCCCACCCCAAAUUCCAGGACUGUACCAGGCUCUCCUCAACUGCAGCCCUGCCCCCUCUGACUCACUCUGAAUAUGGCCAAAUCAGUGCCAUCCUCAGGACAAAGGGAGAUCCUGGGGAUGGGGUGGGGGGUGGGGGAAAUCAGCUCCUGCCUUCAGGCAAGGCAAGGCAAGGAAUUGCAUAAUGGAUUUCUCUGUUACCUACAGGGAAAGGUUUUGUGCGCACUCAUUCACAAGGCUGCUGCACAGAUCAAUGUAGGCUUGUAUGCACCCCAAGUCCGCCCUUAUAGUAAUAGUCUGCCAACCGAAAAGCAAGCCUUGGAAGGUGUGCUGCUUUUGCUAUAUUUGCAUUAGAAUGGCAAGCCACAUGCUGUGAUUGACAUGUCUUGUUUGCAGGUUUUGCAUUUACUCUUCUGGCAGAGCUCUGCUUGCUCCCCCCCCCCCCCUGAUGCUUCUUGCUCCCUGCUUCAACCAAGGAGCCCAUAAAGGUUAGUGGGCUGUUUGAAAGCCAGACUACAGCAUGUGAAUCAAUUAGAGCUGAUUGAAAUACUUCUUUGCUGAAGCAACAUGGCUGAGUAAAACUAAAGAAUAUUCCACUGGGGAGCAGGAGUCAAUUUUCGUUAAAGCGCCUUGAUUCCCCACCCCCCACCCUUUCCUGUUGAAUAAAAUGGAAUGGGAAAAACAUCAUUUUACAAUAACAUUUGCCCAGUGAUGUGCAUGUAGCUGGGUCAGAGUUUAAUAGAAUUGUUUAUUUAUUUCUAUCCUUCACCUUCAACAGGGUGGCUAGCAGAGUAACAAGAAAGAAAACAGUACAAUAAAUAAAUAAUAAUAAUAAUACAAAUUAAUGCACUAACAGCAGAUUGAAAACAAUGAACUAAAAAAGCAACAGUCAGUUAAAACAGAUGGUGUUCAUAAAAAUCCGAGGGCCUCAGCAAACUUACUGAAUGAGUUCUGAGUGAGCAAUGAAUUAAUGUAUAGUAUUUGGAACUGUUUUACAACUUUGGCAUGCAUUUCUUUAAUAGUAGAAGGGAUUACUGGCAGUGGAAGAGCACUUGGGUCUUGCACUGAUAAAAAGUAGGAAGCAAAAAUAAUGAACAAAGAGAAUGAAUUACAUAACCAUAGAGCAACACAUAUGAUGGAUCUCAAUUGAUUUAAUAACCAAAAAAUUAAGUUGUAAUAACAAAAUUAAAUGGACCAACUACAUUUUUUAAAAUAAAAUUGCUCAUCACUACCAGGUCUUGAUUUAGUGUCUUCCUUAGCUCCCAGUUUGAAACGUUAAAAAAAUCCAAAAACAGAAUGGACAUUCUGAAUUUUAAAAAUAACAUGUAACGAAUCAGAACAGAUUUUUAAAAACUAGUUAAUUUUUAUGAAAUACUCAAAAACAUGAUGGUUUAUACCUGCAGGAAGGCUCUGAUAAACAUUUUCUCAUUAAUAUCUCCUGACACAUUAUGUUGUACUUUCUCAAUUGACCGAAAUUUUCUGUAUCAUUCGUUCCCUAUUUGGACAGAAAUCUUCCAUGACAGAGAUUACAGUUCUGUACUCGAGCAAAUGUGGCUUGAUGAAACCGCUAAUCUGAUCAAAAGUGAAGGUGAGGCAGCCGUUGGGGAUGGGGGAACCAAGCCACUCUUUUCUCCUGAGAGCAGCAAAGAACUGUCAGGCCUUCCUUCUUAACCUGUCAGCUGACUAAACUGGCUCCUAACAGCAUCAAACUGUUUGAACCAGGGAUAGAGAGCCAGUGGGCCUCUCGUUGGGUGUGGUUGGACUCUGACUCCCAUCAGCCCCACUCAACAAAGUCAACGGUCAUGGAUGAUGGGGACAGUAGUCCGACAACAUUGUUCUCCAUCCCUGGUCUAGAGUUGGAGACCUUUUUCUGAUGUACAGCUUGCUAGCCACUGAUUCCGGACUGAGAAACCUCUCAAGGCAGCUGCUCCAUGCUGCCCCCGCCCCCCACCGGCUUUUGUGCCAAUGCCUGCAGCAGCUUUUGUUUUAAUAUGCAGGGAUUUGCUCAAUCUCGUUCUUCCUUUCCAUUUAUCCCGUGUUCUUAAGAAAUUGUGUUGCUGUUUUUCUCCUGCUACUUUUCCCCAAAGCAAGCUUGCAUACCAAUUAAACCAGAAUGGAGUGGCAGCUAUGCUGCUGCUAUUCUGGUACAACCUCCAUGAUGUCCUAGCACACAUCCAGCCCAGAAAAGGAUAAGGUAGGAUAGGAUAAGGUGAAAUAGCGAAAUCAGUAGAAUGGAAAUAAACCUCAUAAUGGGAAAUUAAAAGAAACUUUAUUGGAUGUUAAUGACAGUAUGAAUUAAAAUGUAAAAUACAAUCAAGGUAACUAAUGGUAUCUGUAAAUGAAUAUAGACAAACAAUAAGACAUGUAUAGGGACUUGGGUGGUGCUGUGGGUUAAACCACAGAGCUUAGGACUUGCCGAUCAGAAGGUCGGCAGUUCGAAUCCCCGUGACGGGGUGAGCUCCCUUUGCUUCGUCCCUGCUCCUGCCAACCUAGCAGUUCGAAAGCACGUCAAAGUGCAAGUAGAUAAAUAGGCACCACUCCAAUGGGAAGGUAAACAGUGUUUCUGUGCGCUGCUCUGGUUCGCCAGAAGUGGCUUAGUCAUUCUGGCCACAUGACCUGGAAGCUGUACGCCAGCUCUCUCGGCCAAUAAAGCGAGAUGAGCACCACAACCCCAGAGUCGUUCACAACUGGACCUAAUGGUCAGGGGUCCCUUUACCUUUACCUUUAAGACAUGUAUAUACAGAAAUAUUUAUUUGUAUAUAGACACUGUACAGAUAAAGUUGAAAGAAGAACAACAAUAUACAAAAUCGAUAAAGACAAUGUGAGAAUCUUAGAGACGACAUAAAAAAGCCAGAAGAAGGAAGGCGGCAAGUCAACUUGGAGUAAAUGUAAAUGUAAUGUGUAUAUGUAUAGUAUGUAAUCAUAAAAUCAAUAAAGAUUAUCUUCAAAAAAAAAAAAAAAAAGGAGGGUGGCGGUGGCAAAGCACACCCUGCAAAGAAAACACGCCACAUGGUAACACCACCAGGGCCCACUGGUCAUGAGCUCUGUGUGCCACUUGUACGCCAGGGUAGGAGAACGCCAAGGCAGCAUGUCUCCAGGGCAACUUCUGCCCCUGUCCCACGUACAGCUAUCACUGCAGCGCCUCUCCCCAGUGGGGAAAUAAAUACAGGGAAAAAAUCAACAAUUUGGCAAACACAGAAUCAAUUCAAUAUUGCCCCCUCCCCAAAUGAAUAAAUGUAGGCUUAAGAACAGAAAGCAAAACAGGUGUUAACCAACAAUAAAGUUCGUGGUGCUGGCCUUGCCGCACUCCAAGGAGUCUGGCUUAAAUGCAGUUCAGAGGGGAGGGCUCAAAGAUGACAUACAGCUGGCUCCCAUAUCCCUACUCCCGAGGAGACUGACAGCAGCAAAAAGCAAAUGUCAGGGAGGGUAAUGAUGGCAAGUCUCUUCCCCAGCCUCCUGGAAGUACCAGCUGCUGGUGCAGGUCUUCUUGCAAGCAAAGAAACAACAGAUGUGACAAAGUUAUAGCCCUUUUUUGAAGGGCAUCAGGGGUGGAGUAGGUACAUCUUGAGAUUGCUAGCCUGUCACCUGAGUAGAGAGUUUCGUUCAGAUUUUAAGCUGCUAAAGCAAGGGACUAUUCCCACCCCCAAUCUAACUCUGCCUAUGCACUCUGCAUAUUGAUGGGGCAUAUAAAUAAAUGAAUAGUAGCAGUGAUGGUGGUAAAGGUCCCAGAAUUCGUUCUAUUCUUGCUCUUGUUUUUUCUGGAGUGGGUGGGAAAACAAAACGUUUGUACUUUGAGGAAAGAACAGAAUCACACACAGACUUGGAACUAAAGACUCCUGUGAGCAGAUUUUCAAAUGCUUCUCAUCUACAACCGGGAUGAGAUUUAUACGCGAAGCAAAGUUGCUAUCACACCAACCUCCUUGAAAUAAUCUACACAUCUAUUUUAGUUCUGAAAUAGAAGUUGAAUUCUGCAGGGGGCAGGGAAAUGCAGCCCCAGACUGGGAGUGAGAGAUGCUCUUUCAGCUGUUUGUUUAUAUUGUGUUUGUUUGCUUUGUCUGUCUGGGAUUUAUUUAUUUUAUUUGUCUAGCUGGUUUGGCAACUGGCGCUGUGAUCCUGACAAAUUAUUCCCGUUGCUGUCAAUCAGCAUUUCAUUUCCUCAGCAACUGAGGCCUUAGAACAAAAGAAAUAAGCCCUUCGCUUUUGCAGGGCGCGUGAUGCGCAGAAUUGGGGUUGACAGUAUUUUAUUUUUAAAAGGCUGGUGCUCUGGGAGGUGGGGGCAUGGCAGGUGCCCUCUUGCAGAACAAGUGGGGCAUAACUAAGUGACAGAUGGCUGGCAGGUAGAGAGGACUCUGCCCCAGAAGAGGAAGAGAAGCCGCUUGUGAUGGAUACAUGCUGGAUAAAUUUGGGGGUUGUUUGAGAAAUGCAGUGGUUCUGUUGCUGUGUCAGGAUAAGCAAGGCUUGAGACUACCAAGUGGCUGGGGGCAUCUCAGCCCACAUACAUGCAAUGGAUUGGUACCGACCAAAUCAUACUCAGGGUAGACCCAACAGAAUUAAUGGACCCAAGCUAGUCAUGCCAUUGAGUGUCAAUGGGUCCGUCCUGAGUUAUAAUAUAGGCUUAUCCCAGGGGUUGGCAAAGUUAUUGUGGCUUGGGCCAGUUCACGGUCCUGCAGACACCGCGGUGGGCUAGAGUGCACGCGCACGCAUGCUUAAACGCUAUUUCCAGCGCAGAGGAGGUGUGCACAGCUUCCCAUUGGCUGCAGGAGCUUCUUGCAGCCAAUGGGAAGCCAGCCAGCGUUGCGGAAGGCGGUCCCCGCUCUGCUCUACACUGGUUUAGUGUGGCGCACUGGAGCCAACUGAGCAGGCAGCGGGGGUCCAUGGGCCAGUUAAACGACCCCCAUGAGCCACUUGUGGCCCAUGGGCCUUAGGUUGCCGACCCUUGGCUUAUGCUAUAGGCCUAUUAGAAGUGGAGCUGCUAAUUUUCAAGCAGCCACUACAGUUGUGACCUGUUUGAAGAAGCUGCUGCAGCUGUGCCUUUAAGAACAGCUGGUGUGAUGGCAAUCAGAGGUUUGUGCAUGCUGAAUGGGGAGUGGGACUCUGCCUCCUGGCUUCUGCCUACUAAUCCAACAGCCAGCCCCCAGGUGCUCUGUACUAUGCCAUCAGAAAAGGCUGCCUCUACCUACCUGCUUAGUCCGAUAUGUGCAUAGAUCAGGAGGUGGGGCCACUGGGGGUGCUGAUGGAUGUUGGUGGCAGGACCGCCCCUUCCAUGCAUUCCUUGAAUCCGUGUGUGAGGGAACAUCUUGGAAGUCCUAAAGGCCAUCUCUCAUGCUUUGAAAAACUUCACCUGCCUAUUUCUGAGCACCAGGUUGCUCUUAAAAGGCAAGAGGCCAGGCCAGGCCACACACCUGGUCAGUUGUCAGCCUAAAUUGUACAGAUGACUGAGUUAAAUGUAUGGGAGGUGUAAUGAUGCUUCGAGCUAUGCUGUGCAAGUGCUUAGUGCUUGCUAUGACCUGAGUGAGCAUUGCCUCAGGUGUCUAGCCUGGGAUAUUUAUAUUCAUAUGGAGAUGAUGCAGAUGAGUAGCAGAGAACUUGGUUUGCAUGUGGGAGCUCCUGGGUUCAUUCUCUGGUAAUUCUAGUUAAAGAGUCUCAGGUACCAGGCUGGGACGAUUGUUGCUGAAAUCCCUGGAGACCUGCAGUCUCUAGGAGGGGCUGGCCAUACAGGACUCAAUGGUCCCAUUGUCUUGGAGAAAGUUGGAACAGGUGAGGCUGGAUGGACCAGGGGGCUGGCUCAGUAUAAGACAACUUCAUACAUUCGCUGCAGCUCUCUUUCAGCUGUAGCACCUGAACCCCCUUAGGGGGAAAAGCAAAGGAACAUUGGCACUUUGCUUCUACCCUAUCUUUUUACCCCAGACAGCCCCGGAUGAACAACAAACUCACGAAGCACUUGCGGUAUGGAGACCAUGAGGGCAAGUAAGCACUCCACUUGGGAUCUGUGUGCUUUAGUCAGUCAAGCCUGGUGCCCCCAGGAACUUCAAAGGCCCCUCAUGGAUCUGACCCAGCAGUGCUGCCACUUUGCUGCCCCUGGACGGCUGUUUCAGCAGUGGGCAUGCGCCAGUCCUGCUUUUGAAUGGGAGUGAAGGUUGGCUCCCAUCUGCCCUCCUCAGGUGGCAGAGUUCCUCAGGUGGUAGUUGGACCCCGUGUUGUUUACUCUGUUUUUAUUCUGCUUUUAAGAGAAUGUCCGUCUCCCAAAGUGGCUUACCUCAAUAAAAAGGGGAUUGACCCUACCGAAAGACAAGCUGCAAGCGUUCAGCUUGGUGGGUCACGAGGUUGUGCAGCCGCGCCCUAGGCAUUGCUCAGCACCUUGUCUGGAUAAGUCAUGACCCAUCUUCUUUUCCUUGUGCCUUCUCAGUGCAGGAAAUCCUGAAGGAGCGCCGAGAGGGAAGGAGUGGUGAGAGAAUGAAGAAGCCAACCGAGCAGGAGAAGCAUGAGGUGGCAGCGCAGCGCUCAGUUUAACGGGCUCUGGCUGAUGGUCCCAUGGGUGUCCUCAGUAUUGGUCCUGACUCUGGGGUGCUGGGGGCUGGCUGCAGCUGUUGCCACACCACACGAACAGCAUGCCUCCACACCCUCCUCCAGCCAAGUGCCACUGGACUGGCUGCUCACUGAUCGAGGACCAUUUCACCGCGCCCCAGAGUAUGUUGACUUCAUGGAGCGCUUUCGGCAAGGUUUCGCCACCAGGUACAGGAUCUACAGGUAAGCCAAAGAGACGGGCCAGGAUUCAGACCUGGGCUCAUGGUUUGUCCCACUUCAAACAAACCAUUAACUUGGCUUGCUGGGAUGGGACAAACCAUAAGCCCAGGUUCACACAUCAAUGCUAAACUAAUCCACGUCUUGCUUCGUUCUGGGCAGAACCAUACCAGCAGGAGGUGGAGAGAGCAGCAAAGUGUCUGCAGUUUGCUCUCCAGGCCCCAACACACUUCCUUGCUUGUGGCACUGCUAUGUGCAAAUUAGGCCAUUCACUACAAUAGCCCCCUUUUCCUUCCUAAGGGAAAAAAUUGCAUUGUGAGUAACUUGGCACAAAUGAUUCACUGAAUGCCAAUGUGGAGGGGCAAUAUGGUGUCUUGUAAACAAGGCAUGGAAGUCAUAGGGAUAGGAAAGUUGCUUAGUCCCAUGCCAGACCUUUGGCCUACCAGCUCAGCAUUGUCUACACUGACCAGUCACUUGUCACCACACAUCUCACCUUAUGGACUGAAAGGGCUUACCGUAGAUUCCGGCAUAUAAGACGACUUUUUAACCCUGGAAAAGAGUUAAAAAGUCAGGGGUCGUCUUAUAUGCCGGGUAUGGGUGGUGCGGAGCAGAGACCCCCCCCCCGCUGCUGCGGCGGGCUCCGCUCCGUGCCGGGCGGCUUUCUCCUGGCGUGGAGCUGCCCAGCGUAUUAGGCGACUGGGCUUAUAAGACGAACCCCCAAAUUGCAGCUGCCAAUUUGGGGGGUCGUCUAAUACUCCCAGUCGCCUAAUACGCCAGAAUCUACGGUAUAUAGAAAUGGAUUGAGUCCCUGUAUUUCUAGACAAACUUCAUCCCAAGAGGAUUUCAGGGCAGCAGGCAGCAAACCAGUACAAUAUUUCUUCACGUUUAGAUUAAACAGACACAAUCUCAGUUCGCCCCUAAACAAACUCCUAACAAAUCAAGGUAAAAGGGGUUUUUUGGAGGGGGGCAAUGAAAAGCUGGUAAUGAGGGGAACAAUCUGAAGGGAGUUCACAAUUGGGACACAGUGACAGAAGAAGAAGACACUGCCUUGGGUCACCACAGAACAUACCAUUGAUGCAGGCAGGACUUGAAGGAGGCCUCUGGUUCACUUAAGUUAAGAGGAGCUGAAGGAGGAGAUUUUGCCCUGUGCUACUUUGUGGGAGGGAAGUGUGUCCUUUGGAUAUUCUGCCAGGUACCAAAAUGUGUGAAGCUGGCCCUGAUGGAGAUCAGAUGCUAGUCCCCCUGUGAACUACAACAGAGGGACAAUCAAGUUCUCAACUUCUACUCCUUUCCCAUCAUUUAGGCUUAUGUCCUCACCCUGUCCUCACAUCUAUGGGUUGGUUACUUCACUACAUUUAGGGAUGAUGGAGAAAUAUGUUCACAUUUUAAUGCAAAUCUGCUUAACUUGCAUAUCCCAAACCAAUCACAAACUGAAAUGCAGCAAUCCUUGUAAAGCCACACUUCUCUGAAUUGUGUGAUGAGGUUCUCCAAUCCUGUACAUAUUUGGGAAGAGUACGUACAAUAGUGCAUGGUAAGGGAAAACAUACAAAAAUGCAUUAUAGUAGGAAAAAUUGUUUUUAAAAAUGUGUGCAUUAGACAAAAUGUAUACAAUGGGCAAAUCUAUCCAUUCCUAACUACACUGCGGUUUAGUGGAGAUUUUUGCUGGAAGGGAGAAGUCAGCAGCAAUUGCCCAGAGGCAAAACCUGUCCUGGAUAGCAUGAUAUUAUGUUGCUAGGCAGCCCCAGCAGCAAUAUGCCCCUUUCUUUGGAUCCAGGAAAAAGGUUGGCUCCGACCAAACCGAACCAUUAUGGCAACUCAGCCACAGAACUGAAGGCCAGCAGAAGUUAACCUUUUAAUUGUUCCAUCUCAGUAGGGUUUCAGAUGCUUAUCGUUCAUAUUGAUAAACGGGCACUUCCUUAAAUCUGGACUGGGUUUGCAUUUUGCUUCUGACUUUUGGCCAUGAACCUAUAUAGAGGAGGUGUUUCUCAAACCUUUUGAACUCAGGGUCCUCUUCUAAACUUACUCUACUCACACCCUCUCUCAGCACCAGAUUCUCUAUAGAUGAGCUUGCAAAGAUGGUUGCCUCCAAUGCUCAUACACCUGCUGCUGUGAAAUUGAGAUACUCAGCUCGACACUAGCCUUAGGAGAGGAACGGAAUACAAUCUUGUUGGCCCGUCUUAAAACCAUACAUAGGGAACCACCUUAACAAAGCUGUAGCUUUUCCCUCAGAUAAUGGGGCAAUGGAGAUGUUGUCACUUCUAUAAAUCCAUUCUGUAUCUGUAUGGAUCCCCUUAUUGUCUUUGCUGGUGGGAAAGAAGCGUACUACCAGCUUCAGGAUCUUAUCCCUUCCAGGAGUAUUGUGUGCACACAAUAUUCUACAGCAGCUUUCCCCAUCCCUGCUAUCUAGGGAUGAUGGGAGUUGUAGUUCAGCAACAUCGGAGGAACCAAGUUUGAGAAAGUCUGCUCUACAGCGUGGUUGGGGAAAUUCAGGCCUGGGGGGCUAAAUCUGACCCUCGAGGCAUCUGAAUGUGGCCUGAAUAAAUCUCCCCAGGCUGCACACCCUCAUUCUUCCAGUUUUGCACUCUGAAUGCCUCAGCCUGGUCAUAAUGUGAACUCUGAUUGUGCCCUUUGCUUGCCUAGAGGGAGGAUGGAGAGGGGUGUGAGACUGUACGGUGGUCAAGUUGACAUCCAUUGCCCUGCCUGCUUUUGUCCCUGACAGCAUGUGGCCCUUGGAAAGCUGCCCAGAAGGCACUGUGGCCCUUGGGAAAGGGCUCCAUACCCCUGCUCUAGAGACGAUAUCCCGCUAGGGAGGUUCAUCGGAAAGUAUGAGAACCACUGCCACUGGGGAAAGUAGGGGUGAUCUUUGAAGCCCUGUGAGAACAAAACGAAACAAAAUGCAUGGGUUGGGGGAGGCUUAAAGUGUAACCCAUGAAAUGCCCCCAUUUGGAAUGCUGUUUAUCAGACUCAGAACUGGCAUAAAGCGCUGCUGGGCUACAGCUUGAUUGUCAACAUUUCAGGGAUUGGCUUGAAUAGACUUCAUGGCGAUGUCACUAGGAAAGAUUGUCAUAAAUAUUUCAGUGGCUGUUCUCAGAGAAAAUGAGCAAAGCCGGUUGUACGAGGCAGGAUCAGUGGUUCAGUUGGUUUGUUUUUGUUUGUUUUAAUAAAACAACAACAACAAUGGGUUAUGGUAGUUUGCUUGCUUACUCACUUGACUUUCUCAUUUUGGCAAGCUGCAACGGAACUAUCCAGGCAUCAAAAUUAGAUUGGAAAAGCAAUCAUUUUAGACUGACAAUUCCGUUGGUGACAGGGGAGCUGUCAGCUGUGCUCCCUCCUAGGAGGGAUUUAAAAAUUCACUUUUAUUCUCGUGCCUGUCACCUCUCUGUGCUCUUAAUUGUGGUGGCUGUUUUCAGUGCAAGCUACUUCCGUCAGGACCCUAAAAUACAAUGACAACGGAAAAGCUUGCGCCAAAGUACUAUUAGUAACAGCAGUAACAGAAAUGCAAUGAUAAAUAAAACAUAAAAUAAGGAUCUUUUUGUGGACACUUCCAUUUGAACAAACUGAUUUAAGGUUCUUACAAAGCAGUAUUGAACAAGCACUCACAGCCUGAACUGCAGGAGGAGAGAGACUGGCUGGACCAAAUAUAACAGAGGCGCAAGAUAGCAGCAACGCAGUUGGCCUGGCUGCACAUGAGAUUUAAAAAGGUAAAGGGACCCCUGACCAUUAGGUCCAGUCAUGGAUGACUCUGGGGUUGCGGCACUCAUCUCGCUUUAGUGGCCGAGGGAGCCGGUGUACAGCUUCCAGGUCAUGUGGCCAGCAUGACCAAGCCGCUUCUGGCGAACCAGAGCAGCGCAUGGAAACACCAUUUACCUUCCCGCCGGAGUGGUGCCUAUUUAUCUAUUUGCGCUUUGACGUGCUUUCGAACUGCUAGGUUGGCAGGAGCAGGGACCGAGAAACGGGAGCUCACCCCGUCGUGGGAAUUCAAACCGCUGACCUUCUGAUCGGCAAGUCCUAGGCUCUGUGGUUUAACCCACAGCGCCACCCGCGUCCCUAUGCACAUGAGAUUUACCAUAUCAAAAUUAGCCCUAUAUAAACCUAACUCUGACUUUUGAGAAUAUUGCCGGUAUUAUAUCAUUAUCAGUGCUGGUUGGUCCCUCUUCGCCAUUGAGUCAUUUAUUAAGCAGGUGACGUCAUUACCCUGUUUUCAACGCCUGCUUAAAAAAAUUGUUUAGGCAAGUCUACCCCGAUACAUAAUUUUAUUAUCUAUAUUCAUUUGUAAAAGUGUUGGUUUUAUCUAUAUUUUGAUAAUUUGAUUAUGUCUCCUUGUUUAUAAAGUUUUAUUUCAUUGGUAUUUUCUGAUGAGGUUUUUUGGGGGGGGUUAUUUUUUGUUAGAGGGUUGUUGUUUUUAAUUAAGUGGUAUAUAAUUAUUGCUCAAUAAAUACAUUUAACAACACACAUUAACUUAUUAAAUACAGUGGUAGCUUCUUCCAGGGGUGGGGGGUGGUACACCAUUUUGUGGUCCACCUCAGGUGCCAAAAUGUCUUGGGCCUGAUUCUGCCUGAUUCUACUAGGGGCUGUUGGGCCACUAAAACACUAGCUUGGUGUGCCAGAUCCCUAGGGUUUGCCCUUGAUAGCAUAAGCUACUCAAGUGAUGCUCCAAAUUUUUAAAAAUGAUACACACUGGUGGGCACCUGAGUUGUUGAAGGAAUGCACCCUGUUGGUGUAUUUGCAGAACAUACAAUGUCCGCAGUGAUGGACUGGAGCUCCAAACUGGGUAAACAGUUGAAAUGAGGGUUGAAUAUGUUUGCCAGCAUGAAUCGACCAGCCUUGAGUGUCCCUUGUCCUUUGCUCUGCAGUUAUAGGUUUUCUUUCACAGCUUGGUACGUCUUGUUGCAAAUGCCAAUAGUUAGGCAUACGGCAUUGCAAACAUUUAUUUGCGUAACCGAAAGGCAAAGUGCAAGUGUUUCUAUUCAGAACAUUCAGAACUUUCUGAAGAAGAGUAUUUCUUUCUAACCUCCUGAACUUCAAAUUUGGCUGAUGUGAUAUUCUUAGGAUAGCCACAAUUCAAAAUAGGAUUUUUGGAAUAGUCUCUGAAUUGAAAUGCCUAAGCCAGGGGUGCCCAAACUUUUCUCAAAGAGGGCGAGAUUUGAUGAAGUGAACAUGUGUGAGGGCUGACCAAAGUUGUUGAGCUUUUACAUAUACUGCCACGGGGGCCGGAUUAAAUCAACCAGUGGGCCAGAUUACGCCCCCAAAACGGACUUUGGACAUGCCUGACCCAAGCCAAAUAAAUUGUCCAGAGGUUAACUGUGGCUGAUGUGACUAGAAGAUCUUAAAUAGGAAUUCAUUUCUCUUGGAAGCACCUGCCUCCCUUGAUCACUAGAUCAUCCACAAAAGCUCAGUCUGCCAUGAUCCUACAGAGGCUCAGAUGGGAAGGUCACACUUCCUUUGAGUUGACCUGUUCAAAAAGAUUCCUUGUUCCUCCACUAGAUGAUAACCACACAAUUGAUACAGUACCACCUCCCAAUAUAGUGCAUGUCUUGAUGCUCCAAGAGAAAAGGUCUCAAUGGUUAAUUUUUCAGCUCUUGUAGAACUGCUUUCUGUAAGGAAGCCAGGACUGCUAAUAAAAUGAAGAUUUACAGGGAGAUAAAUUAAGUGCGCAGUUAAGAUACUACUUUGGGUAUUUGGAGGAAAUGGCCACUGUGAUUAUUAUUUUUGUGCCAGACUCUGGCACUGUUCUGUUUAGGGAAAGGAGACAGGGCUGUGGAUGAAACUGGGAGGCACUGAAGCUGUUCCAAUUUAGAUGGUUUUCCCAGAUCAGAAGCUUCCAUUUUGAAUUUGCUUCCAUGGGAAGAUAAUUCCAGGGUAUUUAUUUAUUUAGUUACAAACUUGCAACACUAUUUAAAAUCACAGCAGGAUUAACAUUUAUAAUGAAAUAGACAUUCCAUAACUACUUCAGUAUUAAAACUCAGAUAUACAUUAACCCCUAAAAGCCAUCAAAGGGGAGGGGAGUCCCAAGGUCCUCUUAAACAUUGGCAGGGAUGAGGCCUGCCAAAUCUCCGAAGGAACUACUUCCAAAACUGUGGAGCCACUGUUGAGAAGGCUAUAUUAUGAGUACACAUCGACCAGACUGUCUUUACCAGUGGGCACAUAAACAAGCCCUCCAAUGCCAAACUCAAGGAACAGACUCAUGGUGGGUUGGUGGGUUUGGGUCAGGUGGCUGGUCUCCUACCAUUCAGGGCUUUAAAGGUUAUAACCAGCAAUGGCAAUGGCAGCCAAUUCAAUUGGUACCAUUUUAGGUGUAAUAUAUUCCAGUAGCUCAGUGCCAACCAGCAGCUGAAAUCUGUACCAGCUGACAGUCUCCAAAGGCCCCACCACUUAGAACAGGCUUCCUCAAACUCGGCCCUCCAGAUGUUUUUGGCCUACGAUUCCCAUGAUCCCUAGCUAGCAGGACCAGUGGUCAGGGAUGAUGGGAACUGUAGUCUCAAAACAUCUGGAGGGCCGAGUUUGAUGAAGCCUGACCCAGAAUGCAUAGCACUUCAGAAAAAUCACAAGCUAUAACUAAGAUUAGUUCUUGGUAUAUUUCUCGUAGUUUGUCUCGGGGACACAAACCGUAAGCCUGGGUUUAGACAAACAAGAAAAGGAUAAUUCCGGUUUGGUAAUUACUGUUGAUCAGGAUUCAGAAAUGUUUAACACUCAACCUUUUCAAAUUGCACAAGCUUCGUUCUCUAUAAAUGUCUUUCCAUGUUAUGUCAAAAGCUCAAGGCAAAUUGCCCUGUAUCUAUGUUUCAUCCUCACAGCAGACCUGUGAGGCUGUCAGUGCCUUGCGGCAAGAGCCCAGUUUGGUGCUUUAAAAAUACCCUGCUUCUAAAUAUUGCAAUUUCAUGUAUGGGAAGCUUCAGAUUUGGAGAAAUAUUGGUUUCCAUUUUAGCCUUAGUUACAGGGCCGUUUUCUUGGAACAGGAGUUAAAAGUUAAAUGGAAAUAAAGAAGUCAGUGGAGGGCAUUAGCCACAGCAGUGAUGCAAAGACAAGCAUAAGCCUGUCUACUUAAUAAUAACAGUAUUUAUAUUUCACCUUAGAGCGCACAAAGCAUUUCAAGUAUCUUGUUGUAAUCCCUACCAUAACCUUGUAAGGUAAAGGUAUCCCUGACCGUUAGGUCCAUUCGCAGAUGACUCUGGGGUUGUGCGCUCAUCUCUCUCUAUAGGCUGAGGGAGCUGGCCUUUGUCUGCAGACAGCUUCCAGGUCAUGUGGCCAGCAUGACUAAGCGGCUUCUGGCGAAACCAGAGCAGUGCACGGAAACACUGUUUACCUUCCGCCGGAGCGGUACCUAUUUAUCUACUAGCACUUUGACGUGCUUUCGAACUGCUAGGUUGGCAGGAGCUGGGACCGAGCAACGGGAGCUCACUCCAUCGCGGGAAUUUGAACCUCUGACCUUCUGAUCGGCAAGCACAAGAGGCUCAGUGCUUUAGACCACAGCGCCACCUGCGUAGAAUCAUAUUAUUAACCCCAUAUUGCAGUUGGAUAAGCUGAGGGGGUGGCUUGCCUAAGGAACCUUGUGAGUUCCUGGCAAGGCAAGAUGGAAACCGCAGGCAUCCUGAUUCAUUGCUAUUGUUGCUCAGCUAGUACACUACAUCAGCUCUCAAGCACUAUUAAUCAGGAGGAACCUGAUAUUUUUGUAUUUCUGUAAACAUCUGUGUCUGAGCCAAGCAGCAAUGCCCUGUUAACCAGGUGAGGCAUGGAAUCGGUUCCUUGUUCUGUGACUGUCUUGCAGCUAGGAGCGAGACAGCUGCCAAGAUGGGUGGCAUUUGGGGACUUGUCCCAGAAUCUCCCUGCUCUGCUCUGGGAGGAAGCAAGUGCCAAGAUCAAUCCCCACAAGCCGAAGAGAGAAGGGAACCUGCUGUUUUCUGGCAUCCAAUACAAGCAGCAGUAGUGGCUGGGGAUUGUCUCAGUGCAUUACCUCAUUGAGGGGAAGCAGACUGAAUGGUCCUGAGAUGGCGGUUGGGGCUCGGUGUGCCACACCAGUCUGCUUUUCUCUGCACUGAUGAUAAUAAUAAAAAUAAUUGCACCGGCAGUCAGAAGAACUAGAAGUCCCUGGACAGCGUGUAAAAUGGCAGAAUCAUUGAUUCUCUGUCCAGAUCAUUUUAGUGAGUGAUUCCUGGUGUGGUGGGGCAGAGCCAGAGAGCCAACCUCCUGCCAUCUGCGUUGCUUUUGCUCACUUUGAUGGGGCUGGGGUGGAGCAGGGCAGCAAGGAGGUUGGGGCUGGGGGGGAGGCACACACACUGAUGGAAGCACCAGUUUGGUUCUGCUGGUGCAUCUGUGCAGCCUUAGCUGUGUUUCUGCUCUGCUCUGCUCCACUCCAGCCCUAUCUAGGUAAGGUGAAAUGUCUCCAAAGUUGGGAGGGUGGUUUCAUGGCUCUGGCCAACCUGGCCAGAGAUGCUACUGAUUUUAGUUGAAAGGGUGUGGCAGGGCGAUCGGCUUUGACCUAUCACUUACCUUUUUCGGCACAUCUGUGGAACGAUAAUUUCAAGCACUCUACGUGAAGCUACCUUUGAAAGUGACUCGGAAACCACAACUAAUCCAGAAUGUGGCAGCUAGACUGGUGCCGGGGAGUGGCCGCCAGGACCAUAUAACACCAGUCCAAAGGUUCUUCAUUGGCUUCCAGUGCAUUUCUGAGCACAAUUCAAAGUGUUGGUGCUGAACUUUAAAGCUCUAAAUGGCCUCGACCCAGUAUGCCUGAAGGAGUGUCUCCACCCCAAUCACUCAGCUCAGAUACUGAGGUCCACCUCUGAGGGUCUUCCAUUGGUUCCCUCACUGCGAGAAGCGAAAUUACAGGGAACCAGGCAGAGGGCCUUCUCGGUAGUGGCACCCGCCCUGUAGAACACCCUCUCUUUAGAUGUCAAGGAAAUAAACAACUGUCUGACUUUUAGAAGACAUCUGAAGGCAGCCCUGUAUCGGGAAGUUUUUAAUGUCUGGUGUUUUAUUAUGUUUCAAAAUAUGCUGUAAGCUGCCCAGAGUGGCUGGGGAAAUCGAGCCAGAUGGGCGGGGUAUAAAUAAUAAAAUUAUUAUUAUUAUUAUUAUUAUUAUUAUUAUUAACCACCAGACCUGUAGGAGGAUUGUAUAUGACCUAGCUAGUUUUCUAGUUGUAGUUUUGCCUAUUAAAAAAGAAUGGGUAGAAUCCCAUAUGAUUGACUGCCUCCAUGAUUUAGAAUAAUGAAGGGCAGAUGAAGAAUUCCUGUAGCAGGAGGACUUGUCAAUUCUGUUGUUAAAGUGUUGGGCUAAUUACAAACUGGCAAGAACCUGUUGCUUUCAUAAUGAAAGUUAAAGCUAUCAUCAUGUAAAAUAUAUUGGAUAUAUAUUGGAUAUCGCAGUGGGUUGUUCUAUUCAUAUGUUUUAAUCCUAUUUUGAGGCGUGUCCCGGCUUUUCCAUUGCAUUGUUAUAUGACUGAUGGUGGCCUUUGGCUAAGCAAUAAAGAUUUGACAUCUGGGGUUGGUGGAUUCGCAUAAUGCGUAGACUAAAGCCCUCUCCAGGAGUUACGUUUUUAAUAUUUGUUUUUAAUAUUUGUUUGCUAUAUGUAAGUCUCCUUGAGCCCUUCAGAUAUAAGGUGAUGUGUAAAUAAAGUAGCAAAAAUUGUAAGAAUAAUAAAGAAAAUAUGUGUGAAAGCAGCAGCAGGGAUGGGCAUGUCAUCACUUGGUUUUAGUUUCUGUCACCUUCCAAAUUGUUCAGAGUUCUAAAAAUGGGAGGAGCCUCCAUGGUAAGGUUACCAGAUUUUUUUUCAGUGAAUCUGGGGACACAAUAAAUAAAUAAAUAAAUAAAUAAAUAAAUAAAUACAUGUUUGUUGAUGCUGCAGUGAUGGCGUUGGCAGAGGGGCGGCUGCCACCUUGACCUCAACCACCACGUUUCCCCUUCCUCCAAGGUUUCUAUCUCCUUUCUUCAUGAGCCUGGGCUCAUGUUGCUGGUUCUUUGGUGGUGGUGGUGGUGGGGAAGUGGUGUGCAGUGGGUCAGGUAUGGAAGGCGGAGAAGGCGGGCCGAGAGCAGCGGCACUGGCGAGACUCAGGCAGCGCGAUUCCUCCCUUCCCAUCGGAGCAGCCCCAAUCCCAUUCCUACUUGCGUGCAAGCAGAAGUGGGUGGGGAUCCCUCAGCUGGGAAGGGAGGCUUCCCGUUGCCUAACUGAGAGAUCCCUGCCCCCUCUUGCUUGCACGCAAGUAGGAGUUGGGAGGCUGCUCCGAUAGGCAGCACAAAGCCUCCCUUCACAGCUUAGUUGCUGGGGGUCAGAGAAGAUGGAGGCAGCCCAGAAGCUGCAUCUUUGAGCCCCUGCACCACCAUCUUAUGGGGACUUCCGAGCAGCUCCUGAAGCCAGCCAGAGCCAACUGCUCCGGGCUGCUGAGACUGCCGCCACUGCAUUUCCCCAGGACAUUAGAUGAAAUACGGGGACAUUCCAGGGAUGGAAUUUGUCUGGGGACUUACUCGCAAAUCCGGGGACUGUCCCCGGGAAAUGGGGACGCCUGGUAACCCUACUCCAUGGACACAAAACUGUCUCCCCCUCCCCCCGGUGCAGAAAAUCACCACCUGCAAGUUGCAUGGCAGUAGACCUCACAACAGAGUGUCCUGACAUUCAACCAUUCCAUGGAAUAUUCAGUCAUAAGGUAGUGGCCUCCUUCAGGAUGGUCUGUCCCUGGAAGGAGUAAAUAAAUUUGGUGAUGCUACAUGUAUCAGCUGCAUCUGUUGGUGCUUUUAUGUUCCUAUCUCUCCAUGUGCUGGUGAACUUGGGGGGGGGAGUUACAACUAGAGGCAAGAAUCAGCAUGACUGGCGGAACAGCAAUGUUUGCAGUGCAAAACGAAUACCCCCCCCAAAAAAACUGUCCAGAAGACAGCUUCCCCCACCCCCACCCCCAAAAAAACCCUUGCUAAUAAGGACUGAGCAUGCUUAAUAGCUACAGAAUAUUGAGUGACAGCUAGAAAAGAAAAAACAGAAUGUGUAUGUGUGAGACAGAGAGAGAUAAAGAGAGGGAAUUGGAAUACUCUGCUUGCAGGGAAUGGCUGAAACCCUCCCUUCAGUCCCUUCUUAGAGCACUCUUUUUAGGGGAGAAGACACGCUGCAACAUUUUGUUUUAGGCCCCUCUUGGGUCUGGGUUACUGUGUUCUUGGCCGUAGACUUACUGGGCAACCCACAUGAGCUAAUGAGGAGGCCAUUGAUUCAGCCACACUCAAUCAUGGUGUGUUUUUUUGUAUUUGUCAACUUCCCUAAAGGGCACUUUAUUUGCCCUGCUCAAGUUUUGUUUCGAGCCUCCCCCACUCUGCUGCUCUUGUUUGUGUAGGUUGAUGUGAUUUGGCAUCAUUUGAAGAUUUCUAGCCAGUGGGAAGGUAGAGGCACGGGGGCAUCGCAAGUCAUGAUGGACGAGCUUCUGCGGAGUUCUGAGCCUGGCAGUUUUUCACGGUUCUUGCUCACAAGCUGCCUCGUUCUAAUCAGCCCUGUCAAUUCCUCACUUUAAUGAGCAUCACCAAAGCCCACCUGAUUAUUCCUGAAAGAAUGGUGUGUUUGGCCCCUCCCCAGCUUAUGAAAACCCUAAUAGCCAGGAUGUGGCUUGGGGAAAUGAAUGCACACAGGGAGGAAAGAGAUGCUGAAAGGCAGUGCGUCUGACAACAACAACAGCAUCGCUGGCGCCAGUGCCUGAGCUGGGUCUGUUCUCUUAAGCCCUGGCCUUGAGAGAGUUGGGUUCUCCCCGCACCUUCUCUACCUGCCUGCACACACCCACCCUUUCUGCUGUGGGAUACCCACACCCACAGGCUCUCUUGAGAGGCUUCUGGCGACAGAAAUGGGGCAGGAAGAGUCAACCCUGUGGGACUAGAGCGGCCUUAAUCUUUCUGUUCCUCUGCAGCAGGCAGGCUGCUAACCCUUUGUGAGGGGGGGUUUUGUUUGUUUCAGAGAGACAGAAGCGCAGGUGAACAUAGGCCAGCCUUAGCCACUGCAGAUUCCUCCCUUUCUUAGCCUUUGCCACAGCUUUUUAACAGGGCAAUGCAAUACUUAACUCAGACCAACACUGCUACUUUUUGAUGGUCUCAUUUCUCUCUCUUUCCCGCCACAGUUUUCCUAGUGGCUUGUUCAGCAGUGAGUGUUUCCAGGAGUUGAGAACAAAGGCGUUACACUAGGGUUGGGCACAGCUUUGGCAACUUUCUGUGGUGAUGUCAGAACUGACAUAUUAAAACCCAAGAGUCCUGUUGGAUCCAGCUGAGGCCUUGCCUAGCCCAGAAUCUUUUUCCAUCCCUGGCUCUGUUGUUUUGAGAAGUUCAAGGGCAGGGCAGGAAGGUACCAGCCCCCUCCCAUGGUAUCUGGGAUUAUAGGUUAUGUAUAUGCCAGCAGUCACAUUUGCAUGUUGUUGCACACAUCAAAGAGGGGGUGGGGAUAUCUCCACACAAUGCACAUUACCUGUUUGGUUUCCCUACAUCUGGAACCAACUCCUCCCCAUGAACCUGCCACCUGCACAUGCACAAUGACUGUCUGAAACAUGCACACCUCAGCUUCGCUGUGAAGUGAAUGUGGCUCAUGUUUUCAAUGGGAUGGAAGCUGGUUUCAGGCAAAUGCAUUAAACAGCAGUACACGCAGGUCUCUCUAUCCGAACACAGAGCAUUCUCAGGAAAUAGUUUGUUAGACAAGCUUCUUCUUCUUCUUUGGCGACCACUCGUGGCCAGGUAAGAUUGUCUUCCAUGAACACGGUCUUAACAGUUACAGUGGUACCUCAGGUUAAGUACUUAAUUCGUUCCGGAGGUCCGUACUUAACCUGAAACUGUUCUUAACCUGAAGCACCACUUUAGCUAAUGGGGCCUCCUGCUGCCACCGUGCUGCCGAAGCACAAUUUCUGUUCUCAUCCUGAAGCAAAGUUCUUAACCUGAAGCACUAUUUCUGCGUUAGCAGAGUCUGUAACCUGAAGCGUAUGUAACCUGAAGCGUAUGUAACCUAAGGUACCACUGUAGUCUGUAAGUGACUGUGGAGGCCAAUUCUGGAUCCACACGUUCUUUCAUAGUGGGGACAUAGGUUUCCAGGCGGGAGUUGAUCACUGUGAGGGUUUGCCAAGUGUGUCUUCUUCUUAGCAUGUUUUUUCCUUUUGUCCUGAGUUUGAGCAUCUUCAAAGUCCAUGACACCUUUGGUAAAGGCUGUUCUCCAAUUGGAGCGCUCGCAGACCAGUGUUUCCCAAUUGUCAGUGUUUAUACUAAAAGGAAAAAAAAAAGAUUUGCUUUGAGUGAGUCUCUAAACCUCGUUUGUUGACCACUAGUAUUACACUUUCCAUUUUUAAGUUCAGAAUAGAGUAGGGCCUGCAAGACGGAGCUGUUCUGCCAGGUCUUUGAUCAGGGUCCAGUCUGACCCCCCUCUUUUUACAAGACCUUGCAUAUACAGUGGUGCCCCGCAAGACGAAUGCCUCGCAAGACGAAAAACUCGCUAGACGAAAGAGUUUUCCGUUUUUUGAGUCAUUCCGCAAGACGAAUUUCCCUAUGGGCUGCGAGUUUGUUUCCUUUUUCUUAAAGCCGCUAAGCCGUUAAUAGCCGCUAAGCUGCUAAUAGCCGUGCUUUGCAAGACGAAAAAACCGCAAGACGAAGAGACUCGCGGAACGGAUUAAUUUCGUCUUGCGAGGCACCACUGUAAGUGGCCUCUCUAACUUUUCUCAGUGCCUCAUACAAAUAACUGAGCCUGGUGAGCACUUAAUGUUCCCAACCCUUAUAGUUAUAAAUUGUGGGGUUGCCAUCUGAUUUAUUCUGAUUUUAAGCUGAUUUUAAGCUGUAUUUCAGUCAAUUGCUGGAUUUUAUGUUUUAAUGUAUUAUAUACUUUGAUGUUAGCUGCCCUGAGCCCAGUUUGGCCAGGGAGGGCAGGAUAUAAAUUUAUUAUUAUUAUUAUUAUUAUUAUUAUUAUUAUUUAUUUGGAAGACAAAUAAAGGCAUUCUCGGGAAAUAGUUUCUUAGCUGAGGAUUCACAUAGCAAGUCUAUGAUUUCCAUUUAUUCCUAUGGGAAAAUUUCUAAUGCAUUCCUGACCACAAAAUUUUAACCCAGUAAAACAUUCUGAAACCUUGCAAAAAGCAAACAAGGAAGGAAAAAUGCUGUCUUAUUUGUCUGAUCUCUCCCCCUUCCUCCCACCACACAAAAACUUAGGAUUGUUUAAGCUGCUUAUUUGGUUUGAGUACUUCAUGCAGUGCCAACAAAGGUCCAUAUAGGGAAAGCCAUGGUGUUCCCAGUAGUGAUGUAUGGAAGUGAAAGCUGGACCAUAAAGAAGGCUGAUCGCCGAAGAAUGGAUGCUUUUGAAUUAUGGUGCUGGAGGAAACUCUUGAGAGUCCCAUGGACUGCAAGAAGAUCAAACGCAUCCAUUCUUAAGGAAAUUAGCCCUGAGUACUCAUUGGAAGGACAGAUCGUGAAGCUGAGGCUCCAGUACUUUGGCCACCUCAUGAGAAGAGAUGACUCCCUGGAAAAGACCCUGAUGUUGGGAAAGAUGGAGGGCACAAGGAGAAGGGGACGACAGAGGACGAGAUGGUUGGACAGUGUUCUUGAAGCUACCAGCAUGAGUUUGACCAAACUGCGGGAGGCAGUGGAAGACAGGAGUGCCUGGCGUGCUCUGGUCCAUGGGGUCACGAAGAGUCGGACACAACUAAACGACUAAACAACAACAACUACACGCAGGUCCUGCUGUUUGGAUAUCUGAAUCUGAAGUAUGUAUAGUGAGGUUACUCAUGUUUGGAUAGCUGAAAUUCCAUCUAACAAGUGUUGGGAUAGCAGGACCUGCAUAUAUUUUUCAAGAUAGAUAUGUAUUGUGGCUAACACAAUGUGUAAAUGGCUCCAAGCAGCAGGAGUGGGAGCACACUGGAGCCAAAGUAAAUGAUAAUGUGUACCCAGGCAUAAUGUCUCUGAGCACCAGCCCACCAUUGGUAAACUUUCCAUUCCCAGUCGCCUCCCCAACCUCCUCCUGUCUUUCUCUUAUUGGUUAUCAUGCAGAGCACUCAAAAGAGGAAUGGAAACACAACAUUUGAAUUGGUGAAUGUUGAGAGUCAUCUAAACGUCAUUGUCAGUGUUUUAUUGUGUAUCCAAAAGUGGGGGAAACAGAUUAAUCUGCAGCUGGUUAGCAUUCACAUGUGAAUGUCAAUAACCACUAAACUUUGUACAUUCAGUAUAACAUACAUAAAUAGGUGUGUUUAUCUAUUUAUUUAGAUUUAUAUUCCAUCUCACAGGAUGGGUAACAACAGCAAAAUAAUAAUAAUAAUAAUAAUAAUAAUAAUAAUAAUAAAUCCAUCAGAUCUCUCCACUAUUUCCCAAUCUAUAUUUAAAAGGAUUUUAAUAAGAUUUUGAGGGUUUUAUUCUAAUGCACUUUUUUAAAAAAAAAUUGUAAGUUGCCCUGAAGGAUUUUUAGUGAAAAUGAGCAAAUAGAUAAACCCACUGUACUGGCAUGGAUUCAAAACGGCGGAUACUUUUCAUAGCAGGAUAUUGACUGGUCCUUUGUCAAUGAUGCAACACUGGUCUGCACCAGACUUAAAAAGAGCUCUGCUGUGAGAUUCACCGAAUAGAUUGUAUUGGUUAAGAGAUAUGCUCUUUUUGUUGCUGCCACUGCCAUGUGGUAGUAACUAUCAAACUAUGUUGUAUGAAAAAAUAAAUAAACCCACCUUCUGUAUUGUGUGUGAGCACACUGGAGAUGCAACGAUGCAGAAGCACUGCAAUUUGCACAAAGUUUGUGCCCAGGACAAAUCUCAGUGACUUGAACAGAAACCAGAAUUGGUGGGAUUUAAUUUUUAUUCUUAGCAUUUUAAGAAAUAAGUUUUCCAGGUUGAAGAGUGAAUUGUGCAUUCAGUUAUAAUUAAGUAAAACAUGUUCCUCAACUACCAGGUGUUUGGAGAAACUGGCUUAAGGGUUUGCAAUCUCACAACUGUCAUUUGAGCCUAAACUCUGCUCCACUCCACUUUUAGCCUGGUUUAAAACUUAGUUUGGCAGCUGCGUGGGUGGCAUGCUCAGAAGUCUUAGAACUCUGUGUUAUUGCUGGCUUUGCCAGCCAUGCGCUAUACUCCCUUGCUUCUCCUCCAUCUUUCCCAAUCAGACUUAAUUAAAGUGUUUGCAAGCCACAGCCUGGUUUUAAUUACAGUGAAAUUGUCAAGAUUAGAAUGAAAUUGGCCGAUCAUUGUUUACAGCCGCAUUGUUAGGGGACACAGCAGGCUGCUGAAAUCAUCUCCAUGCCAGCCAUCAUAGUGUGAAGAAUAUGUGAAGCCUCUUAAGUGGAGGUCUGGUUGGCACGUAGCUCAUGACUUGUUCCACAGGCAGCAGAUGUUAAACUGAUAUGUAUAAAAUUGCUGAGUGUCAACACGUUUAUCUUUGGCCGAGAUCUCAAUACAAAGAAUGGCCUGAUAGGUGGCCCAAAACAGGUACUGCUUUUGUUAAUUACAUUUUUGCCUCACCGCUCUUCCCUCAAGGUGCCAUACGCAAGGUACGCCUCUGUCUCCCCAAUCUCAGUGCAAUCUUGUGAGACAGGUCAGACUGAGAGAGAGAGAGAUUGCCCCAAGGUCAAACUGAAGUAAAUAAUCAGAAUUUAAAGUGAAUCAUCUGGAGUAAAGCCUAUAUUCUGCACACAGGAAGACUUGAAAACUAAACUCCGAAAUGGCUCUCAGUGUAAAAGCUGUUUCAUAAAUGGGGGCCUUUUUUUAUAAGCCAAGGUCUAGUGUGAAGGAAGAUACAACUCCAGUCACAGUGGUACAAGUAUCCUUAAGGUGUCAACGUGCAAAAAGGGCAGCAGGGGCGCUGGGCUUCUGAAGGAGAAGAGAUUUUGUCAGGUUGGCUUCUUGGGACUUGGUGGUGAUGGAAAUCCACAUAGUCUGGUUUCAUGCAAUGACCAGACUCAAAUGGAACUGUACUGAUAAUGGCAGAAGUAAACACAAUUAUGAACCUGGCAAAUAGAGGACUACACAUUCUUCCCCUGCCAGUUUCCCCAUCCCCCUCUCCAAGACAAAAAUGGUUCCUUUCAGGUGGGGUAGGAGUAACUAGCAGCAGAGAGGCAUCACUAAAAUGCAGGAAGCCUUCUGGUUUCUCCUUCACUGUAAAUUAUGUUCCUGAGCUUGCUCAAGAGCCUAAUUUCCCACCAGGCAGCAUGGAAUUUGCAGUUUCCAUUGUCUCCUGAGUUGAAUCAAUAGGCAGCGGAAAUAGCAAAUUCCAUGGUCUCUAGUCAUUGUUUUCUUCCUGUAAGAACCCAAGAGAGCAGGGAUGGGGAAACUUUGCCCCUCUAGAUGUUGUUCAGCUAUGUUUCCCACAAUCCCUGCCCGUUGGCCAUGCCAGGCGGGACUGAUGGAAGCAAAGCGGUAUCCAGAGCAUCACCUUUGUAGCUGAGGAAGAACUGCAUCAAACCCUUUAAAAGGCAAGCCAAUGUCUUCGUGGUUUAGCUUGACAACCGUAACAUAGGACGAAGCAGAUGUGUAGUCGUCUUGUUGUUAUUCUUAAGUGGUUUUGCUUGCUAGCCUAUUUUAUCCUGCCUUGGGGGAAGGAAAAGAGUAGCCGUGCAAUUAUAUGCCCUUUACCCCCUUUUAUAAUUUGGGGCACUUUAUCAGAUCUACAGAUUGCCAGUAUUUACUGUGGUGUAUAGACUGCCUUGUAUAAAUCUCUCUAAUGUCCUAUCCAUCUGGAAAGCUGGUUCAUACAGAUGGGGUAUGGAUCAGAAAUAUUCCUUGAAGGAAUAGGAUCAAACUGAUGUGAACUGAAUUCCUCCAGCACUCUUGGCCUAGUGCCACUAUGUGUUUCUACAAGCUGUUGGCAUCACUCAUUUCUGGUUGUAGCAAUCAGCGUUGCUGUCAAGGUACUAGGCACGAAAAUGAAGUCUUCAACAGAGUUGCCAUCACGUUUGUCUGAAACAAAAAUAUUGAUGGGAAUUUGGAGGUUCCUGCUUAGGCAAAACAUCCAAGGAAUUCCUAAGGAAGCAGUAAGAAUGUUUCAGUAAGACUAAGGAAAUUUAUUGGUAGUGGUGUUCCAUACAUCUUUACCUAAAGCCAACCAAAAACACAAUUGCAGGUUCUCAGUUGAACUGUUAUUGUGAAUAUUAUCUUCUGCCUCUUACCAGCGUUGCAUGUCCUGUUUGGGCUGGUGAAGCAACUCUCCACGCAGUGGGGAAAAUGAUAAUAGCUGCAAAAUUUAAAUGUCCAGGUGAAUUUGGAGGUUUCUGCUCAGGGGGAGCAGAUGAGAAAUUUUGAGGGAAGGGGGGGGGAAGGAAAGGAAAACAGAAAAUAAUUUAGAGUGUGGCUCUAUGUUUAUGCAGAAAAGUCUAAUUGAGCUCAAUGGGACUUAAUCCCUAGUAAGUAUACUUAUGUCUGUAGUCUUAAUUGCAUUUUUUUCCAGGGUGUUUUCUGUAAACCCCUGGUUUUCAGAACACUUUGCAUGUAAUAUUUUCAGUUGCUGUUGUUUAUUGUUGUUUUCCGGAGAUGUCUGUACUGUCAGGUAAGUAAAGUGUGUGAAUUGGUAUUACAUGUUUGUGUGAGUUGGAUCCCAUCUUGGAAGCAUCACACAUACAAGGGUGUGGGGAGGAGUAUUAGCAUAAGAAGCUGCCUUAUACUUGGUCCAUCUAGCUCAGUAUGAUUCAUUUGAUUCAGAACAGCUUUUCAGUGUCUUUGGCAGGGCUCACUUCCCCCUCUGGAACAUUUUAAAUUAAGCCUGCAAUCUUCACACUGCAAUGCCUGUGCUUAAGAUUGGGUUCAUACAGAAACCCAGAACACUCAGAAUAUUGUGCAGAAUUCUCUAGUGCAUCAGCCUUCUUCAGGCUUUCUGUCUUUGUGUUAGGGAAGUCGGUGAAGGAAGAGGUGGACCGUAGAGACUAGUGUGCAGCUUGGUCCCCAUCCCUCUCCCAGUCUCACUUAGAGCAGGACUGGCCUGAGGUGGACUGAGGCAACCAUCUUGGGGGGGGGGUGGAAUCCCAAGGGCCAGCGCCCCCCCCCCCGCCACCGGAGGAGCGAGGAGAAGUGGUGGCUUCUGGUGAGAUCUUGUGAGACACUUGCAGGUAUUGCCACCGCUUCUCCCUUCUCCUGCAACCCUACCACUGUUGCCACUGGGGAAGCAAGGAUCAGUGGCUGCCGCUUCUGGGUUCUUUUACUCCUGGAGGCGCCUUGUGUGUUUUAGAAGUCUGGAAAAUCAGGGUUCCGAAUUGUGUCAAGGAGCCCCCACAUGCGUAGGAGGCUCCCCACUUUGGGACGUCACCCUCCAACUUGUGAGGAUGGCUGGAGUAGUAAUGGAAGUGGAACUAGUGUGCUCGCCCCUGUUGACCCUCCUCUCCAUGUGUAUACUUAACUCACGACAGACAGUCUGUAUUUGAGUUAUCUUCAGAGGGUCCUUUAUCCCCUUAUUCCUAGAUGCUGGAAACGUGCUCCUUCUUUAUAUUAGGAAAAACCAGGCCUGGAUCCUGGAUACAGUUAUAAUUGUGCUUACUUUGCCAUUACUGUUUUCUUGGCUUUCUCCUCCAGAGAAUUUGCUCGCUGGAAGGUGAAUAAUUUGGCAUUGGAAAGGAAAGAUUUCUUCAGCUUGCCUCUGCCCCUGGCUCCAGAAUUCAUCCGCAACAUUCGCCUUCUGGGGCGUCGGCCCAGCCUCCAGCAGAUCACCGAGAACCUGAUUAAAAAAUACGGGACCCAUUUCCUGCUCUCUGCCACACUUGGAGGUGAAUGCUCUCCUUUCUUCCCAUGUGUUUUCUCUCUUAAAUUCAAAAACUAUAGUCUUCAGCCACAUCGGCCGAGUACCUGAAUUAAGUGUUGUGUUUUUAUAUUAAAAAAAUGUGUUCCAGGCACACCGAUAUCUCUGUACUACUGUAACAGUUUUAUUAAUUUAUUCAUUUGUUUAAUUUAUGUCCCACUCUUCCUCUUCAAGGAGUUCAAGGUGUGUAUCGGUUGUGAGAUUGCAGAUUGUCAACGUGGGAACAAAAGCUCCUCAUCAUGUGUACUCAGAAUUAAGUUGCAUUGAGUUCAGUGGGGCUUACUUCCAAUCCAUAGAUGUGCAACCUUACAGUCCCAUGCACUGUAUCUUUACUCAGAAGCAGGUCCCAUUAUACAGUGGGGAGGGGGUUGGUUGCUCCCAAGAAAGUGUGCAAAGGAUUGCAGCCAGGCAGUUCGAUUCCAUUGUAUCCAUUGUACAAAAUGUCCUUGCUGUGCCAGCGCCUAGGCUGGCACCCAGUGCACAGUUGAUCAUACGAUGGCAACCAUCGAGCUGCAAGCAGUAUGCCUGGUGGUAAUGCCCACAACCCUCUUGAACAGAGUCUACGACGAUAGUUUUGCGACCCUACAAGUCAUGGCACCUUCCCCUGACAACAGUUACAGUCAUACUACAUCACCUGUCCCCUGGUCAUCAUAGUGCCACAUCUCAGCAGACUGACACACAGCCCACAGGCAGCAGUGCCAUGAGUGUGUCGCAGGCAACUCUUCGCAGCUUCGUCAGCAAGGGGAAUAAGAAAAAGUAAGAUCAGGCUGAACCUCACGGGAGGCCUCUGUGCUGGCACCACAGCUCAGCAACCAAUAGUGCUGCUCAUACAACAGGGUUCAAAUUGUUCAAAUUCCUCUUCCCAGCCCAAGCAUUAUGGCCACACACAUAUUUUCAGCUCAAGGCAGAACUGGCAUGGAGAAGCAGCCACACAUUUCAAAGCCUGAGGGAAACAAACAUUGACUCCAGAGUCUUUUACACAAAGGUCAACAUGGCCCUUUUGCAAAGUUGUGCCCUCCAUAUGUUUUGGACCCAACUACCAAAGCCAGCCUAGACCGAAGCUUAGGGAAGGUGAAGUCUGAAAUAUCUCUAGGGCAGCCGGUAGGGGAAGGCAGCCAAGAGCCCUACACUUCAACAGAGCUUCUGGAUACUACUGAUUUCUAUGCACAUAUAUUUAUGGGCACUCAGUGGGGAGACCAUGUUGAAUGGAAAAGUGCAAAGGUGGAUAAAACUGGCCUGGCAUGGGGAAAACCCAGGCUCCCCACACUCAAGAGCCACUCCAUGACUUCUUAGUCACAGAGGCGGGCAUGUAUCACUGCCAUCCUGGCUUUAGUGGGUGCCCCGCCCAUCCUGCACUUGCUACCGCUGGUCAUAUUUUGUUUUGCUUAUUAAAAUCUAUAUACCAUUUUUCAUACAUAAUAGCCAAGUGGUAUACAAAAAAACCAUACCAAAAAUAAUAAUAAAACUCAAAUUAAGUCAAUGGUAGGAAACUAAAAGGAAAUGAAAUCCAACUGGCCCUGCAAGGUCAGGAAAGGCCUCCACGAAUGUGUUUUCUUCAAGUACUGAAAUUGCAUUUGGAGCACAGGCAGUUCCACAGGAAGGCUGCCGCUACAGCAGUGUUUCUCAAAAAAAGUUCUCUGGGCCACACUUUUGGAAUAAAAAUUGGCUCACACCACACCAAAUUUUUAAUUGAUAAAAAAUACACCUGAAAACAAAAAGAAACAACUCCUAGCAGCACUUGAUUUAUAACAUAAAACACAACUACUUAAAAUAUCAUCACAGGGCGUCCGGAAAGUAUAAAAUAAUGCAGCUACAUAACAACAUGAAUCCUUCGUGAACUAUAAUAUUGGAUUGUUCUUGAAUCUUCCUGCCACAUCCUUUGAGAAGCGCUGUAGCGAACCUCUGCAGGUCGCAGCAUUGCCAGGUUGGCCUCAUCCGACGAUCUUGGUGGGGUGAGAGGCACUUUGUCUGGUAAGCUUGAUCCCCAGUGCAUUGUGUGCACCAGCACAGGCAGAUUACAAAGAGGCCCCCCUGGCUCUGUGGGACAGCACAGACUCCACAAGCCCAAGGACCAGGUCUUCCCACCACUAACUCUCCAUCAGACCAAGCACAAGACUGUGGUCCAAAGCAGAUGAAAUGUUUACUUACCAUGAGAAAAGCCACAAUGGGCAGUCACAGGAGUUGCUUAGUCUGUUCUGUUUUUGUACAGCCCUGCGCUGGGGUCGGCUGAGAGAAGGCACAUUGCCAAAGAUGAGGGAGCUCCAUGGAUGAGCUGUACCAUCCUGGCUCUUUGUGGUGUUAUGGUGGGCUGUUUCUCUUUGCUGAAGCCACCCGCACCCCUUCUCAGUCUUCCCAUGUGUCUCCCCACACCUCUUAUCACACCGAGCAACUUUGGGAACCUCACGUGGGGCGUUGGGGUCCGCUGAAUCGCCCUUUCCCCAUAAUCUGGCAACAAAGUUCUCACACUAAUACAAAUUGGCGUGAAGACUUUGUUAUUAUUGAUUAAAGCCGUAGUUCAAGGCAGGGCUUAAAGUAGUGGUAUGGAUUUUUAGAAAUCCAUAAGUCAUGUCUACUAAUAGCAACAAAACAAGCUUGCCAGACAGCUAAAGACAGUUAGUGACAUUUUGCUGUGCAAGUGACCAAUUGGCUUAAAUAAUACCUCCUCACUUGCCAAGGCUGCUUUUUCCUCUCCCCUCCUUAGUCUGAACGUGUGUUUUCUGUGUUUUGAUCUUCUGUAGGUCUAUUAAAAGUCCACUGUGGAACUGCUGUUGACACCCAUAUAUAGAAUUAGCAUGUUCAAGUUAUAAAUGGAUCUGAUUGUGUGUGUGUGUGUGUGUAUAAAUUGCCCAGAGGCAGGAGGAUAUCCUCAGUUUUAAAUGUGUUUGUGGGAGGGGGGCUAUUGUUUUGUUGUUUUUGUUUUAAUUAUUUGUUUUUUUAUCUUGUGAACUGUCCUGAGAUCUAAUGAAGGGCAGUAUAUAAAUCACAAUCAUAGCCAUAAUCAUAAUCAUUGUUAAUUUAUUCAAUGAGAGUUGGCUUAAAUGGACCUUCCAUAGAAGAUACCUAGGGUGCUUUAUAAAGCUUGAAGUAUGGGCACCAACAAGCAUUAUGGGGCUCAAGACCAGGAACUGUGUGGAUCACGAGUUGGUUCAUUCCCCCCCAGUGCCACCAAGGGGACUGGUCAAAGGAAGGAAUGGCAAACCUAGAGUUGGAAGGGAUCACAAGGGUCAUCUAGUCCAACCCCCUACAGUGCAUGAAUCUUUUUGCCCAAUGUAGGGUUCAAACCCACAACCCAGAGAUUAAGAGUCUCAUGCUCUACUGACUGAGCUAUCUAUGUUUCUAGAACACUGCUGGGACAGCCUAAAAUCCUCUUGAUCUGGAGAGUCAGGUGACAAGCAAGGAGCCAAUCAGAUGCCAGUCCCUGAUACAGAACUUCUGGAUUUGCUGCGUUCCUCUGCCAAAAUUAUCCGUAUAGUUGAGGGAGGACACCAGGUUUAUUAAUUUAUUAAAACAUUUCUAUCCGAAGGAAUGCAGGUGGCGUUGUGGGUUAAAGCACAGAGCCUAGGACUUGCCAAUCAGAAGGUGCUGUUACCUUUGUGGGGCUAAGCUUUGACUCACCUGCUAAAGGUAUUUGCCCACCUGUGGACUCCAGAUAUGGACUGGUGACCAUUGAAGGACUUGAGCCAGGGGGAGUGAAUUAGCUUUUGGGAGAUUGUGGGUGAAGCGAGUCUGCCGGAAAACAAAGCCGUGAGCCUCACAUAACAGACAAGGAGAGGCAAGGGGUGAUCGUGAUGGGAUGGUAGUCAACUUUUCAACAUUUUCCAGGGACCUGGCUCUGGUUGAAGCUCUCCUGUGAGAUGUGCGUUUUGUCCCUUCGUUAAGCUGGUGAUUGGACAGUCACCCAAAAGGGACACUGAGCCCAGAGCAUCUGAGUCCUGAUGUGCAGCUCAGUAAACACUGUGCCUCAUGCCUUUGCAGGAGAAGAGUCCCUGACCAUUUUUGUGGACAAGCGCAAGCUCAGUCGGAAAGCGGAAGCCGGCGGCCUGGCAGGAAGUGGUGGGAGCAAUGCCACCGUCUCCUUGGAAACCCUGCACCAGCUGGCAGCCUCAUACUUCAUUGAUCGGGAGAGCACUCUGCGACGCCUCCAUCACAUCCAGAUAGCAACAGCUGCCAUCAAGGUAACCCUGGAGGCGAGCCAAAAGGCAGGGGGACGUUCCGUAGCACAUGAAACCGUUGGCUUCCAAGGCAUCUCUGUGUAGAGCGUGUUGCUGCAAUCUAGGCCUUGAUUGGGUCACCACUUCAGCAUCAGGGGGAAAAGAGAGAGAGCAGAAUAGGCCACAGAUUUGCAUAAAACGUGCAUCUGCUAAUUUAUAUGUGAAGGUGUAAAUUUAGCAGUGAUAACUAUGAUGCAGUGCCCCCUAUGCAGCUGCCCAAUUCAUCUGAUUCUUCCUCUUCAAGAAUAAUAAUUUAAUAAUAUUUUUAAAUUUAUAUCCCACCCAUCUUGCUGGGUUUCCCCAGCCACUGUGGGCGGCUUACAACAUAUAAAAACCCCACAACAAAGCAUCAAAUAUUAAAAAACAAAAUAUCUUAUACAAGCAACAAACAAACCAAUAAAUCAAUAGAAACCCAUAAUAACAAUAACAAUAAUAAACAGUUCACAGUUAUACCCAAAUUAAAAUAACCGCCAACCCCAACUAAGCAUUUAAACAACAUCAACCCGACAAAAACAAAACAGAGGAACCAACAUUAGAAACAUUUUAAAACAUCUUCGAAAGAGGGAGGAGAUUGCCCCGGUUAAGGUUCCACAUGAACAGGGCUCUGCUGUUACUGGGAAUGAGUGGGAGGGGCCCAUGUUUGCUCCUCCCCCUCAUGCACACCAUCUUGGACUGGUCUUGCUUGAGAAGUUUUGGCUAAACUUAGGACUUGUAACAGGGGUGAUUUGCGGGGAGCAAAAUUUUGCAUUUGAGGGGGUUUGUUAUUGGCGGCAGCCGCUGUGGCCAAAAACGGUGGUAGCACUGGGUCUUGUCCCAGGGCUCACUGCCUGUCAUUUCUCAGAAUGAAACUCAAUCAUGAGGUAGUUUGCUUCCUGGGGAGUGGGGGAGAUGGCAACUCUCACCGUUAAAUGCAAGGGGGCUUGUGCGGUAUCCAUCAUUCCUCCACACCCCAAAUGCUCUGCUGGGAGGCCACUGCAGAGGAGGUCUGAGGAAAAGAAGGAAAAGAAACUGCACAGCUGAUAAUAAUAAUAAUAAUAAUAAUAAUAAUAAUAAUAAUAAUUUAUUAUUUAUACCCCGCCCAUCUGGUUGAUUUUCCCAGCCACUCUGGUUGGCUUCCAACAAAAUAUUAAAAUACAAUAGUCCGUCAAACAUUAAAAGCUUUCCUAAACAGGGCUGCCUUCAGAGGUCUUCACACAACCGAUCACUGAAAAAUUGCCUUUCUGUCCUAUUUUUGCUGCUUGAAAUUGGAACUGCAGGUUGGGGUGUGUGUGUGUGUGUGUGUGUGUUUGUUUGUGGGGUGGGGGUGGGGUGGGGGGUAGAGUAUUGCAUUCCAAGAUAUGAGUAUGGGCUGUGAGUAUAAUAGAGAGGAGGUUUGGCACUGGUUAUUACUUAUGUCACAGUAAACACAGUAUACAGAAUGUCCUUUUUGUUGUUGUUGAGGGUGGUUUAUUGUGCGUGGGAUAAGCAAGAUACAUACCACAAGGGACCCUUGGAGGAUUCACAGAAAAACCAUCUCACGCUUUUGAAGGAUCCACAUCCAUCAGGACACGUCGUCUUGUAUGAGGGAUGGAGCAGGUUUCAUUCUUGCUGUGAAAUUGUCCCCAUUAAACGGAGGAAGGUAAUGGGGUUGUAGGUGCUUAGCACACCGCCUGCCCCUGUUGAUCCCAGGUAUAGAGAAGCAUUCAAGCCUGCUCCUUUCUGUGUCAUCCCAUUCCAGAUUUGGUUCCUUGGUCACAUGACAGUGUGGCAGGAUAUUGGAAAAUGGGAGGUAUCCUAAUCAUGACCUCGUUCUUUGAGUGCAGGUCAUUAUGUAACCAAAAUGGCACCAUCUCCCUAUGAGAUGGAGAGAUCAGCAGGGCUUGCAGAUGUGCAAAACAUAUGGGGGGGGGAGCCCAAAGGGCAGGGGUCAGCAGUUGUUUGACCCUGCUAGGGCACUUGCUGAUCAGCCUCACCCAAGACUGCACCCCAGAGCCAAAGUCAAGAAAUCCCUUUCCCAGCCCCACUAACUGAUUUUCUUUUCCUUUUUUUUAGGGGGGAGCAGGAUUCCAAUCCCCCAGCUCCCUCCAACAGUCAGACUCAGACCAGAAAAGACGCUUGUUUUCCUGUUCCAUUUCAUUUUGUGCAACAACUCUGCUUUUACCCCCCCCCCCUUAGCCACUCUCCCCCUGCCUGCCUGCCUGCCUGCCUGCCCACCCGCCCCAUCACAUAUGCCUGGAUUUUAAUUUGCAGGUUGCUUAAGCAAGGCUGCCAUCCCUGAGAUCUGCUACCCAGCUCUGCAAUUAUAAACCUAUCGCUUUAGUCAGCCUUCCCCUCUCCCAUUCCACUCCACCCCCCCCCCCCGCCAAGGAAACAGGAGGGGCAGCAAGCAGGGAGUCAGACCACAAUUGGCGCCUUUGUGCUAUUUGUGGGAAAUCGGCCAUGCUAAUGAUGGUGAGCUUUCAUGGGGGGGCGGUGGCUAGAGGCAGGGCUGUUCUCCAUCAGCAGGCCAAUUACUGCACAAUUAUUCCUCCUUUUUAGAAGCAAAGUGGCCUCUUGCAUUCUCAUAAGCCUGGAGUGCUUGGCUCAAGUUUUACUGUUUCAAAGCGCUCUCUCUCUCUCUCUCUCUGUUUUGUCGCAUUUAAUGCCACUUUUUGUUGGAUUUCUGUGUUUAUACACCCACCCACAGUUUGAGGAUGUUGAGGGUAAUUCAGUGUAAACAGGGCCAGCUCAUGAGGUUUCAAUGUCCAGUGUAGAAAAUCCAAAUGUCCUCUCCCCCCCUCCUCCACUAGUUGAACAUGGGUCCCAUCCACCAGCAAUGUUUUGCCUGCGAGGCUCAAUUGAAACAAACAUGAGCUGUGCAAGAAUCCACACUCUUCCUGUGCUUCUCCCAUUCAUUUUGAUGAGACGUGCAAAGGAGACAGUCCUGGUGGAUUGUGCCCAGUGGCACAUAUCUCUCUGUCUCUCACUCUGCUGGCCUUAACGGCACACAAAAUCUGCUUCCAUGCUUUGUCGUAGGACCGCUUCUGUGUGCAAAAUGGCUCAAACCAUACGAAACUCAAACCAUACAAAAAUGCAAAUCAAUGUAUACAAGCAAUUAUGCCUGGCUUAACCCCAGCUCCCGGCAAGCCAGCCUAAAUAGUAGUUUCAAAAUAUCCCUGGCUAAGCUUCUAAAGAUUGCAUGAUUUCCCUCCAUCUGGAGCUUAAGUCUUGUGCACGUGGAGAUACACACUUUCGCCUUCUUGGAACGUGUUUCUAUCUCUGCCUCUCUGUUCACCCCAUUGUUUGUGGCUUUAGAGAUGACUACUAAAAUGUGAGGUGGCUAGGCUGAAGUCACGCUAACGCUCAUAGUUCACACACACACACACACACACACACACACACACACACACACACUUUCUUGGAGGACUUGAAUGGAGGGUUUUUGUUUAAGGACCAAAAGAAAUGCAGUUGUGAGGAGGGGGUGGUGUGAAUGUGAGCAGAGCAAUAGAGGAUCUUGAAAAUACAUGGGGUAUUUCUCCACUGGGAGAAAACCAGCCUUUGGGGAGGGUGAGGGUCGAAGAGAACAUUGGGAAAGGGCUCUACUUUCCAGGUAGAAUGGUAGAAUUGUAGAGUUGGAAGGGACCAUGAGGAUUGUCUAGUCCAGCUCCUUCAGCAGCUGUCCCAUAUGGGUAUCGAACCUGCAACCUUGGCGUUACUAGCACCAAAUUCUGUCAUCAAAACAUAUGCACACAAUUCAAUCUAAUGUUCAGAGCAGGUAUGUUAAGGAUGGGCAAAGGUCCUUUUAUCUUUGCAUUUCAGUUGUUUAUGGUAAAGCUGCCCUCUUCUAUUGCUUAGGUCACUGAAACCAGAACGGGGCCACUUGGCUGCAGUAACUACGACAACCUGGAUUCUGUGAGCUCUGUUCUUGUCCAGAGCCCUGAGAACAAAGUUCAACUUCUCGGUAAGGAUUUUUCUCCUUCCACCUUCCUGGAAUUGCAUCCACAUUAUCCACUGGACACUAACUGGACUCAUCUUCUAACUUGCUCACAAGGUGGAAAUAGCAAUCCUAAGUUUAAAUGCAUUUGUCUUGGUGUGUUGCUUGCUCCUGGCUCACAAUCUUCACCUCCUUUCCAUGGCAGAAGGCCUCAGAACGGGAACUGAGUUAGAUCACUCUGCACCCUGAGUUGAAGGCUUAAGCCCAGCUACCAUGGCUGGAACUGUUUCCUGGCCCAAGGCAGAUUCUGCAUAGGGAUCCCUUCAUUUAUAUCUGUAACUUACCUUCAGCUCUGAUCACACUCAAAAUCAAUCAGAGGAUGCGCCUUUAAGUCAUGGAUCAUGCAAACUCUUGCAGGCUUGCUGACCACCUGGGUGAGUCAUAUGACUGCACCACAUACACAGAAACAAAGUUAUUUGAAUGUGUGUGUUCUUUCAUUGAAGAACACACAGUGCUUGUGUAUGUUACAGGGGUAAAUUGGGGUUAAAUACUGAGGAUUCUGCAUAUUUUUAUGAAGAUGUGGAGAAAAUCCAUAAUCAAUAAGAAUCAACAAGAAGUUUGGAAUAUCAUCCAUUCAGUGCUUUUUAAAAACAAACACUAAUGGAUGCUAUAGAAUCAUGGACCAAAGACAUGAAGUCCAUCGUUUUGUUAAUAUGUGUUGCCUCCAGUAAAUUUUGUAUAUUGCCCAUGCAAUGUUCCGUCAGGCAACUGGACUAGUUUUGUCUACUCUUGCUGAAGAUAGCAUAUUCAGACAGAGGCCAUGCCCAGGACUUCUCCCUGAGGUCCAUUUUAGCCAGAGAAGCUGGAGCUUGCCUGCCCCUGGGACCAUCUGCUGCUCUGCUGUGGAAGUCAGAGCCCUCCCUUAAUUCACCUUCUUUUGAUGUGUGCACAGUCACCAGGGCUUGUCCUCAGUCUCCAGCCAACUCACCUUAAGCAUGUGCAGGUGUGGGACUUUUCAGUAUACGCACAAACAGAUAAAACUCACAAAUCAAUGGAGUUAUGUUCUUUUGCAACAUCUAAAGGGCAGAUAUCAUGAAAGAAGCCAUUGUUCCAUAGAGUGUUCCAUAGGUCGAAAAAAUCUGCUAGGGAAGUGAGUGUAGCUCUUUGGUUUCCAUACGGGGUGCCAACUUGAAUAAAAUAUUGUGGGGGCCCAGGUAAGCCCCGCCCCACGUAAUCGAUCACAUGAUGCGGUGAAAGCACACCAUUUGAAUGGCAGUGCCCAUCACCUUUGGGAGGGCCCCUCAAAUAUUUUAUUGGGGGGUCAAACCCCCUCGGCCCCUAGGAGGUGGCUCCUAAGUUUCCAUAGUACCUGUUUUUCCUUGAUACAGAUAUGGCUGAGCUGAGGUCUGUAAUGUCUCUGCCUACUUUUCGCAGGCCUGCAAGCCCUGUUGCCCGAGUACUUGCGUGAACGCUUUGUGGCUGCUGCCUUGAGCUACAUCACCUGCAAUUCGGAGGGGGAGCUGAUAUGCCGAGAGAAUGACUGCUGGUGUUACUGUGGGUUCGGUUUCCCACAAUGCAACUGCCCCGAGGCUGACAUCCAGGCUAUGGAACAGAGCCUUUUUCAGAUCCAGGGAGUUUGGGAGAACCACAACCAACAGUUUCGGGAAUCAGGUGAGUUUGGGAAAUGUGGGUCUCAUGGGGAACGGGACGAUGGGUGGAUGAUUGCCCACAUCCAGUUGACUCAGCAAGGAAGGAGGAUGACAGGUGACUGAGGCAAGGAGCCAUUCACUGUUGCACCUCUCUUGUGAACAGCCUGGCAGAGAAUGCAGAUGAGCCGGAAGAUGAAGGAAGCAGUGAAGGCAGGUCUUGUGAGAUGCCAGCCACUGCAACAACCACAAAAAGGGCAGGCAAAUUUACUAAGUGAACCAGAGAAGACUAGGAAAAUGAGGGGAGGCAAAGAUUGGCUGAGUGUGUGGUGAUGGAGCUAAGCUUGAAGAUAAACGUCUGGAAAGGGAGAAAGACAGCAGGAGGAACUGGAAGCAAUUUUGGGAACCUCCUUUAAACUCUGUUGAAAACCAGAACCUAUAGUUUGUAAAAAGAGCCAGCUAGGAGGUGCUUGACCAUUGAUGGUUAUUGACAUCUGGAGGUCAACCAGCUGAACCUGAGGGAGAGUGGCAGUUCUGGGGCUCUGAGGACUUCCUUAAGUAAAUUAGCAGCAGUGGCUUUUCCUAAACUUUUAUGUUAGAAGAAGGUAGACACAGCAUUAUUUUUUAGAGUCGUGGGGCUAAUUCAAAUGUGUCAUCAAUGUGUUCAGUACAAAUAGAUAUUUUCCAGCCCCCAGGUUAAUUCUGCAUAUUUCCAGCAUGGUCAGUUAGGAAAAACAAAAUGUUCAUGAUCAUACUACAAGUAAAACAGCUGCUGAGAACAGCUUAAACAUAUAACCACUAAAUCGGUGUAUUAUAAAACCAAAAAUAAAUUGAUCAGAAGAUAAGUAUGAACCUUAUCAAGGCAAAUAAAUAGAUAAAUACACAUGCAAAGCAAUUAUUUUAAUAAUAGCCGAAGAAGAAGAAGAAGAAGAACACUCAUCUGCUGAUAUAAUUUUCAGUAAAAAAAAAGUGCUUUAAAGGUAGCUGAAAUCAUGAAGAAAGUCUGCGGGGAAAACACUAUUGGCUGACAGGAGUGUUUCAUCACCCCUUUGUUCCUGCAGCUACUGCUGAACGUUUGAAGCUAUUUUGUUGGAUUUUUAGGCCCACCCCCCCCACCCCCGGUCCUUUCAUAGCUCUCAUGUCACCUGUUAAGCUCUUAGGUGAGCAAAUUGGAGAAAGAUGGUGACUGUUCCUCCAGCUGCUGUUACUCAUUGGGCUUCCUCUAGUUUUUCCUGACAAAUCUGCUGUCACUUUGUGUGGAGCACAAAAGUCUUUUUUGUGUGUGUGUUUUUCAGCAGGCUUUUUGAGGCUGAGAAGUUUUCAGCCCUUAUUUUGGUGGGAGAUAUGGAGGGGGCCAGUAGUGAUGUAUGGAAGUGAGAGCUGGACCAUCAAUAAGGCUGAUCGCUGAAGAAUUGAUGCUUUUGAAUUCUGGUGCUGGAGGAGACUCUUGAGAGUCCCAUGGACUGCAAGAAGAUCAAACCUCUCCAUUCUGAAGGAAAUCAGCCCUGAGUGCUCACUGGAAGGACAGAUCGUGAAGCUGAGGCUCCAAGACUUUGGCCACCUCAUGAGAAGAGAAGACUUCCUGGAAAAGACGCUGAUGUGGGGAAAGAUGGAGGGCACGAGGAGAAGGGGACGACAGAGGACGAGAUGGUGGGAUAGUGUUCUCGAAGCUACCAGCAUGAGUUUGACCAAACUGCAGGAGGCAGUGGAAGACAGGAGUGCCUGGCGUGCUCUGGUCCAUGGGGUCACAAAGAGUCGGACACGACUAAACGACUAAACAACAAGAAAUGAAGGGGGCACCAAGGAAGCCCUUCUUCACCCCCACCACUAAGGAUCUGGGGAGGGUGGAGAGGUGGAGGACAGAAGGCAGGGGAAGGCACUGGUUGUACUGGGUGAAUGCAAGACUUCUGCAGCUCCCAAGAAAGUGAUGGCACAGUCAUCAGGUAAAGGCAGGAGAGAGGCAGUAAAAGUGCAGCUAAUUAGCAAUAGCUGGAGCAGAGUUCCACUUCCCUCUGUUCUAAAAGAAUUCUACUUGCUCCUUCAGGGCUUGCAGGAUUUUGAGGCCCGACAGAUGACAGCAAAGCUAUAAAAAAUGAAAAUAAAGUAAGAAAGAAACCCAAUAGAAGCCAAAAUCUUAGUGAUAGCUGGGGAAACAAAAUGGGGAGGUCCUGCCAGCCAAUGCUGGCAAGGAGGAGUAGAGGCUGCAAUCUGUGAUUUUGCAAGGCUAACGUUUUCUUGGAAACAGUGAAUUCUAAAGUAGCAAUCCUUGUUCUUCUAAUUACUGAGUAUGUGAUUCAAUGGUACUAUGGGGCUGAAAUAAGUGGCAUAGCGUGGGUUGCCGGCCCCCGGGGCGGGGCAAGUGUUGCGCCGCCUCCAAUGGACCGGGCAAUGGUCCCUUCACCAACCAGAGUCUAAUCAAGGGAGUCUCUCCUUGCAAACUCAUCCCAACCUGGGAGCAGAGAUAAGGCACAGAAACACGAAAACAGGAACACCACUGUGUUGCCUCGCCCUCCUGCCUUUGCAGUGAGGCACUCUGGGCAAUGCAUGUGGCUCUGGCAGUGCUUUCUGACCUUCCUCUUCAGUGGGCAGCAGCGGCACCCUCCCCUCCCUCCCAGCUGUCCCAGGGUGUCCCCUCACUGGCCAUGAGGAGGAGGAGGAGGAGGAGGCAGCGCCACCCCCAACCCCAAAGGCCCAGCCUGGGCAGAGCUUGCUUCCCACAGCUCUGGCCUCAAUGAGGGAGCUUGUUGUGGGGGCACCUGAUUGCGCGCCCUCAGAAAUUUGCACCCAAAAGACUCAUGGCUCCCUUGCCCUCCCAUGCUAUGUUGUGGGCUGAAAUGAAAAUCUGAAAGCUAACAGAACUUGCCAUUCCUUUCCACAAACAGAGGUUGAUUGGAAAGAGAUAAGAGGAGUACAGUAACUCAUACAGGGAGACAGUGGACAACCCUCCAUCACGGAAGAGUGGAGCCUUGCAAAAGGCACUGGUUAUUAACAUAAUCCUCACACUUUUUUGGAAAUUAAUCUGGGUUAUGAGUGGGGCUGGGCUGAAUUCUUUAAAAAAAACCAUUUGAACUGUAAAUUUCUACUUUUGUUUUUAAAAUGGUAUCUUAGUUUUCUAUUAUUUAUAUGGUGCCAUCAUUUCGCGAGGUGCUUUACAGAGCAACAGUGGCGGGGGUUGGGGGAGACAGGCCCUGCCCCUUGGAGCUUACAGUCUUAAAUUCAACACAGGAGGGAGCUGCAAAGCAAGGUGGAUGGAAGGAUAACAGAGGAGGAAAAAGAAUAUAUUCAGUUCAGUUGCACAUAUUUGGGAUGGGCUGAUGACAUUUUUAUUCACUGUAAAUAUGGGUUAAUCUAAAAACAAAGUUAGUCAAUACUAUAGCCUCAAAUACAGGAUACUUAUGGAGUUUAUAAAAAGCAUGCUGACAUCCCACCUCCUAAAACAAGAGACAAAAUAUUGGAUUCAUCUUCAAUAACAUUAAUCCGACAAAAAUUGUUUUUCCAAUAAUUUAUUUCCCAAUACUGUCUGAAUUUCCAAAGAAUGUCAAGGUGAUGGUGUGAUAUAUAUAUAUAUGUAUUCUUCCUUUCCUACAAUCUAAUAUGGGAUGUCAGAUUUAAUAAAUCUGUUGUAAGCCAGCAGUUAUUUCACCACGGCUGUAUGGCUGGAGAUUAACGCUGCCACCCUGUGCACAUGGGGACUGUCAGCGGCUGAAGGAGAGGCAAAAUAAGUCAAGGCUUCGCAAGUAGAGGCAGCCUGUAGCUCUUGCCUCCCAACGUGUUUGCCUGCAAUCUCUUCCUGUCUCCUCUGCUGGUCUCCAUGGGCAGAGCCCAGCUUAUAGGUGGCGCCGGAUGCGGUGUGCCACGUGCAGUCAGCUUCUGAGCCUAUGCAUACAAGAUACAAUCCAAAGAGCUUAAAAAACAGAUGAAAGCAAAACAGAAAACAGCAGAUACUGUAUAUUUGGGAGGGGGAGAGACACACAGAGAGAAACAAAAAAAGAUGCCUGUUCACCCAGCUGGGAAAGUCUGUCGGGGCAAAAAUUUCUUCAGUUGUUUCCAGAAAGUAGAUGUCUGUUGUGUCUUGACAAGGAAUGUUGCAGCAAUUGUAAAGAAAUGCAAUGGUUUUCCUAGAAUCAUAGAAUUGGAAGAGACCAUGAGGGUCAUCUAGUGCAAUCCUCUGCAAUGCAGGAAUUUUCUUUUGCUCAAAGUAGGGCUUGAACCCACAGCCCUGAGGUAAGGGUCUCCUGCUCUACAGACUGAGCUACCCACUCUGUUCUAUAUUUGCUAUAUAAUUUAAUCAGUGUCCCCCCCCAAGUAUUUCAAAAUACGAAAUAUUCUGAAAUAGCAAUUAAUGGGAAACAACCUUGCGUUCACUUCUGUCAUCCUCACUGUGAGAUAGUGGUUUAAAGACACAGUCCUUCCCCAAAUGGAGCGUUAGCAGGGAAUAUAUAUAUCACUGCUGCAUAAUUUGCCUCUGAAUAACAGAUACCAAAAUGUACUGGGAAACAACAAGUAACUGUGUCCACACCUACCUGGUUUUGCCUGUUGCAGUCUAGGCUGAUGAUGGUUCAGCCCUCUAUUUUUGCAUUUGUCCCCUAGGGUACAGCCAGGUCGUUCACACAUCCUCAAGCGCCUUCUGCAUCUUUUUCUUGGAGCAUCUAAGGCAGCCUUUCUCAACCUGUGGGUCCCCAGAUGUUGUUGAACGACAACUCCCAUCACCCCCAGCUAGCGAGGCCAGAGCUCAGGGAUAAUGAGAGUUGUAGUCCAACAACAUCUGGGGACCCACAGGUUGAGAACCAAUGAUCUAAGGGCUUACUCUCCCCAGGGCACCACCUGCAGCCCUUUUUUGCUUCUGCUGAGAGAGUGCACUGUGGGUAUGUCACAAGGAGUGGCAUGGAAGAGCCUCUGCAUAGAGGAAGCACGAAUAGGGAGAGGAGGGAUGUGCUAUAGCUCAGUCAAGCUCCUCUGCACCCUGUUCUUUCUGAAAAGGGAGAGAAGGAUUAGAGUCCCAGGUGACUCAUAGAACCAUAGAAUUGUGGAGUUGGAAGGGACCCCAGGUUUCAUCUAGCCCAACCCCCUGCAAUGCAGGAAUCUCAGCUAAAGCAUCCAUGACAGAUGGCCAUCCAGCCUCUGGUUAGAAACCUCAGAGGAGGGAGAUUCCACAACCUCCUGGAAUCAAAUGAUAAAACUGCCCCAUUUCCAUUGUUACUCGAGUUUGCUAUGUGCCAGGGAUUUUUUUCCCUUGGAGGAGCCCCAAAGCGAUACAGACCAGGUCAAGAUUUACCACUUGGUCCUCUACCUUCUUAAAGGAGUGGUGACUUUCCAGGUGUCGAGUGUUGCUUUCCAGUGCUCUCCUUCCUGCUGACAUCCUGUUCUGUCUUGGCAGAGGAACUACAGUCCCUGGUGAAGAAGUUCCCUGUGGACCACUUCUUGAACUUAACAGCCAUCUCCCAGUACUGGGCAAUGGAUCCUGAUAUUCAGCACCGCUAUCAGAAGUUGGGCAGCACCUUGAAGAUGCUCUCCAAGAAGACCCAUCGGAUUGUCCGGCGUCUUUUCAAUCUGGCCAAACGCUGCCACAGGCAACCUCGCUUCAGACUUCCCAAGGAGAGGUCUGGUAUAUUUUUUGGACAGCUUUGCUUGGGCACAAUCCAGUACAAAGAUAGAUGUGCCUCCAGCCCGCUAUGUUCUGUGUGCUGAAGCAUGUCUAAACUCUGUUUGGAUUGUGGUCGUUUUCUUUUGGGGUCGAAGUGGGAAGGAUCUAGUAUCUAAUAUGGAAUCUGAAGCCCCCAAGAGGCUUAGUGUUCUACAUGUUACACAGACUGGGAAGGAGCUGCAUACAUACAUGUAUGUACAUACAUACAUACAGAUAGAUGAUAGAUAGAUGAUAGAUAGAUAUAGAUAUAGAUAGAUAGAUAGAUAGAUAAUAGAUAGAUAGAUAGAUGAUAGAUAGAUACAGUGGUGCCCCGCAAGACGAAUGCCUCGCAAGACGAAAAACUCGCUAGACGAAAGGGUUUUUCGGUUUUGCGUUGCUUCGCUAGACGAAUUUCCCUAUGGGCUUGCUUCGCAAGACGAAAACGUCUUGCGCUUUUUUCUUACAGCCGCUUAAAGAGGUGCAGUUGCGACGGACCGUGCUUCGCAAGACGAAAAACAUCGCAAGACGAAAAGACUCGCGGAACGAAUUAUUUUCGUCUUGCGAGGCACCACUGUAGAUAGAUAGAUAGAUAGAUAGAUGAUAGAUAGAUAGGUAGAUAGAUAGAUAGAUAGAUAGAUAGAUAGAUAGAUGAUAGAUAGAUGAUAGAUAGAUAGAGAUAGAUAGAUAGAUAGAUAGAUAGAUAGAUAGAUAGAUAGAUAGAUAGAUGGUAGAUAGAUAUACACAUAUAUACAUAUACACAUGCACACACACAUCACUGCCCAUCUGAAGGAGCCAACAGCUCCCCUGUUUCCUGACAUGCCCCCAAACUAGGGAUUGAAUUGUGCAACCCUGGAGCUGCGUAUACCUCAGUUUCAUUUAUUUCCCGCCCACAACUGCCAAUGGUAGGGUUGAUUUUUUUUAUUUUUUAACAGGAGGGCAGGAUCCUGGCCACCCCACCCUGCACCCUCCUCCCCAACUUAGUGAGUCUAAAAUAAUAAUUAACAAGAGUAAUUGUUUCUUAUUUAUGCAAAAGUGCAAUGCGAACAUUUUAGCUCAAAGCCUGCUGCUCACACUUAUCAUUUCCUUUGGAUCACGACUGAUUCCUUUUUCCUAUAUGCGCACAGAAAGGCAGGGGAAAAGGGGCCAGCUCCUUCUCAUCCCUAGAGCAGGCUUCUCUCAUAAUUACAUAAAGGGAUUUCAGGUGACUGAGUUCCAUCAAACACUACCAGCCACUGGCAACUUGCCAGUUUACCACCUGCGGAGAAGGUUUCAUAAUUACAGAACACAUGCAUGCAUCCCUCUCAAGUGGAAUUACAGCCCCCUGGUUUUCUAUGUGGAAAGUGUGUAUACUUUAUGCAGUACUAAGGUUUACUGCAGAAGGAUUUUGCUUUCUUUUUUAGGGGGUGAUUGAAACAUGGGAAAUGGUUCAGACUAAUUAUACACGUCUUAGCUGUGUUGAUGCAAAGUUAACUUUUCAUCUGCUUUGUGCCUUCUUCUGUCAGGCCCUUGACCUACUGGUGGAGCCAUGCUCAGUCCCUCCUCUAUUGCAGUGAGACCUCUGUGCCAGGAACGUUUGUGGAAGAAAGCCACAGCUGCAGCUGCCCCCAUGACCAGCCCUCCUGCCAGGGGACUAUCCCAUGUGCCUUGGGCGAAGGACCAGGAUGUGCCGCCUGUGCAGAGGACAACGCCACCCAGUGUGGGUCCUGCAACUAUGGCUAUGUGCUCACCCUGGGCCUGUGCCGCCCAGAGGUGGCCGAGUCCCUGGAGCACUAUAUAGGUUUGGAGACUGACUUGCAGGACUUGGAACUCAAGUACCUUUUGCAGAAGCGGGACAGCCGCAUUGAAGUGCACUCCAUCUUCAUCAGCAAUGACAUGCGCCUGGGGACCUGGUUUGACCCCUCCUGGAGGAAGAGGAUGCUGGUAACCCUGAAGAGCAACAAGUACAAGCCAGGCUUGGUCCACCUCAUGCUGGCCCUCUCCCUCCAGAUCUGUCUCACCAAGAACAGCACCCUGGAGCCAGUCAUGGCAAUCUAUGUCAACCCAUUUGGGGGCAGCCACUCAGAGAGCUGGUUCAUGCCCACCAAUGAAACUGGCUUUCCCGACUGGGAAAGGACUAACGUGGAUGCCUCUGGCCAGUGCCAAAACUGGACCCUCACUUUAGGCAGCAAGUGGAAGACCUUCUUUGAGACAGUCCAUGUCUACCUGAGGAGUCGCAUCAAGUCUCUCAACGACAGCUCAAACGAAACCAUAUUUUAUGAGCCUUUGGAGAUGGAUUCUUCCAAGAACCUAGGCUACAUGAGGAUCAAUAGCUUGCAGGUUUUUGGCUACAGCCUGCCCUUUGAGUCUGAUGCCAUUCGGGACCUUGUCCUCCAGCUGGAUUAUCCGUAUACUCAAGGCUCUCAAGACUCUGCUAUAUUGCAACUGAUUGAGAUCAGGGACCGGGUAAACCGCCUCUCUCCACCUGGGAAAACCCGCCUUGAUCUUUUCUCUUGCUUGCUCCGGCACAGGCUCAAGCUGGCCAACAACGAGGUAAGUCGCAUCCAGUCCACCCUGCAGGCCUUCAAUGCCAAAUUGCCAAACCCAGUGGAGUAUGAGACUGGUAAAUUGUGCAGCUAG